UUGCCCGGAGCCACGUCUGGGAAACAGUUCUCCUAAUUUGGGAAGUGUCAGGCCGGGAGGGGCGUGGGGCUGGCCGGAUUUUGUGUGCGCCUGCGCGAUCGCCGGGACAGGGUGUGUUCCUGCUGCCGGAUCCUGUUUUUGGCUGAUCCAGUUCAUCGCUGUCUGCCCCAGUUUCCCCUGCAGGUCCCCAAGCACACCCACCAGGUAUUGCUCUCUGAGAACAUGUCCAAGUCACUGAAGAAGCUGGUGGAGGAGAGCAGAGAGAAGAACCAGCCGGAAGUGGACAUGAGUGACAGGGGUAUCUCCAGUAUGCUGGAUGUCAACGGCUUGUUCUCCUUAGCCCAUAUCACGCAACUGGUACUCAGCCACAACAAGCUAACGACUGUGCCACCGAACGUAGCAGAGCUGAAGAACCUUGAGGUACUGAACUUCUUCAAUAACCAGAUCGAGGAACUGCCCACCCAGAUCAGCAGCCUUCAGAAACUCAAACACCUGAACCUUGGCAUGAACAGGUUGAACACGCUGCCUCGAGGAUUCGGCUCGCUCCCAGCCCUGGAGGUCCUGGACUUGACUUACAACAACCUGAAUGAACAUUCUCUUCCGGGAAACUUCUUCUACCUCACCACCCUGCGUGCACUCUAUCUAAGCGACAACGAUUUUGAAAUCCUGCCUCCAGAUAUUGGGAAGCUCACAAAGUUGCAGAUACUCAGCCUCAGGGACAAUGACCUGAUCUCACUGCCUAAGGAAAUCGGGGAGCUGACCCAGCUGAAGGAGCUCCACAUUCAGGGGAACCGCCUGACCGUUCUGCCUCCAGAGCUCGGCAACUUGGACCUAACCGGUCAGAAGCAGGUCUUCAAAGCAGAGAACAACCCCUGGGUUACCCCAAUUGCUGACCAGUUCCAGCUUGGCGUCUCCCAUGUUUUCGAAUAUAUUCGUUCAGAAACAUACAAAUAGACCCCGCCUUCAAAACAUUGUGCAGCCACCAAGUGAAGAACAAGGUUCAAGACUCGUCAGCUAGAGGAGGCAACACAAACUUAAAUGUAUCGCAAGGCAGAAAAACUACCCAGAUUCUAUACUCUAAGUCUGAGAACACAGAUGGGGGAAGGCCUAUGAAAUUUCUCAGCCGCUGCUAAGUCUUCCGGGACUGGGGCCUCCUGGUCCGCAUUGAGAGCCCUGUCCUGAAGUAGAUGGUGCUCCUUAUCGCAAGUCACUCUCACCAGUGGCACAGCCUGACCUGUUGAAUCGGGGACACGAAUUGUGGGGACUAAUGACUGCCCUUAGAAUAUUUGGCCUGUUUCCAUGUAGAAGAAAACCAUCAGUGCACAGCUCCUGAUUUAGUGUUCAGUGUUCUUACAAAUUGGACUGUCUGUUACUACAAAACUUCUCCUUAUUAAAUUUUCAUUGUUAAGUGUUUCAGUGGGUAGGUGGAGGUGGCAUUUUCUAUUUCUCCUAAAAUAUGAAUCCACUUCAGUUAUGUGCACAAAGGAGGGGGGGAGGGAAGGAUGAGAGAAGGAAGAUGAAGCCAAGUAAAGAAGAGAGGUAGGCAUUUCGGCUAGAAUUAAGGGCGAAUUCCUCCUCUUGAAGUUGCAUGUGGUUUCAUAGUGCAGCUGCCUGCCUUAUUAGAGACCGAGAGUUGCAGCUGAAACUGUUGGACCUGCAGCCACUUUCAGCCUGUUUCUGGCCAGUGAGCCUUUGCAGAUCCUGGAGGUGUAUACUUUUCAGCAAUGCCUGGGGAAUCCUCAAGAGGCAUUUAUAAAGGCAGAAUGCUGUCAUAUCACUGAAGUUGGCCUUGAAGUCAUGAUCCUCCUGCCUCCGCUUUCCAGCUCCUGAGAUUAUAAAUGUACACUACAUGCCCAGCUGGAAAAGAAAUUAUUUUGAGCCAAAGGACGUCUGAAUAUCCACAAAAGAAAUACCAAUUGUGAACUUUCUUGAUGCUAUGUGAUGUAAAGCCAGGGGAGAGGAGGAAUGAGACCCUUGGUAUUGAACAGGUUCCACCCUGGACAAUUUGUCAGCCUCGGGAGGCAGGCAGAAUUUAUCCACCAUGUGAACCUUUAAGAGGAGCAAGCAGGAGGUCUAGGUUCAAAUUGCAAUUUUACCUUUUGUCAUCUCGGGGUAGUCACAUUGUUUUUUCAUUUGAACAACUCCAGUGUAAAACACGUGGCCUACAAUAAACUACAGUUUGACGUUGCACUCCUAGAACAGCUGAGUAAGUUGGAUAGUCCUACCAACUCCCAGGGUUUUUUCUUUCCUCCUAUGACCCAGACCCCUCCUUCCUCUUACACCUUUGCAUCUCUCUGCACCUGUAUUUGCUGGCAAUUACCAACCUACUCUCUGACUACACAUUAGUUUGGAUUUUUCUUUUUUUAUUGAAAGAUUUUUUUCAUACAGCAUAUUCUGAUCAUGCUUUCUCUUCCUUCAGUUACUCCUGGGUCCUUCUCACCUCUCCACCCAUCCAACUCCAACUCCAUUGUCUCUCUCUCUCUCUCUCUCUCUCUCUCUCUCUCUCUCUCAAACAGCCAAACAAUUAAAAAAAUGGAAUUUUUAUAAAACACAAGAAGCACACUAAAUCCAUAAGGUCACAAGUUCAGAAAUCUUAAUAUAUAGGCAAAAGACCAAUAAGACCAAAAAAGAAAAGAAAGGAAGGAAGGAAGGAAGGAAGGAAGGAAGGAAGGAAGGAAGGAAGGAAGGAGGAAAUGGAGCGGGGUUCUGGGAGCAAUAUGAGACAAAAGUGUCUACAGAAAUACCAUCACUUUGUUUUGUUUUGGCCAUCUUCUGCUUGAUGUGGGCCUACUCUUAAGUGUGGUUAGUAUAUCCAAUGAGACUCCACUGGAAAAAAAAAUCAAUUUUUCCUUUGCCAAGUGAAUGUCAGUUACAGAUAGCUUCUUGGUUAGUGGUAGGAGCCCAUGUCCAUGUACCCCUCUCAGCACUGGGUCUCUUUUUGGCCUGAAGCUGUGCAAACUCUGUGCACACCACCAUUGACUCUGAGUUCCUAUGUGUGUCAGCCCUGUUGUGUCGAGAAGACCCUGUUUCCUUAGUGUCACCCAUCCCUCUGGCUCUUCUAAUCUUUCCAUCCCCUCGUCCACCCAGUUCCCUGAGCCCUGAGGGGAGGGUUCCAUGCAUAAAUAUCUCAUUGAGGACUGAGAGAUGCAAAAAUCUCUGUGUCUGCGUGCUACCUAACAGGGGCUCUCGUGUUAGUCCCCACAGGCUGCAAGAUGGAGUUUCUCCGGCGAUUCUGAGGGAGGAACUGAUCUAUUAGUACAGCAGAAUGUCAGGAUUCAUUUUUGUGUGUGUGUGUGAUGUUCCCUUAAAAGAAAAAAAAUAGUAUUUGGUUCUCUUCUAGGCCUGUGACCUGUGCAGUGUAAGAUUUAUGGCCACGUCAGCAGUGUCAGGCAUGAGUUGCAUCUCAUGGAGCGGCCGGCCCUUAAAUCCAAUCAGAAAGUGCUUGGUCACUCCCACAGCAUUUGUGCCACGAUUGCACCAGUGUGCCUUGUAAGCAGGUAGUUAUCUUAGAUGAAAGAGCUGACUUGGUGCUUACCCUUCUCCCCCUGUAGUUUGCAGAGUUCCUCUCAGGACGAGUAACACGAGUCAGCAAGGUUGAAUUCCCCAUUAAUCAUCCCACAGCAGUCGCCCCAUGGACAUAUAAUGGAUACCCAUUUUACAGAUGUCUGGCUACUUUCACUCUUAUCUUUUGAGAGGCAUUUAUUGCUGGUCCAUAUAUCAGGAAGCAUAUCCUUAUGGUUUUAUUUCCCAUUUGUCUAAUUAAUACUGACAGUGAGUUUUUACGAAGGUAUUAUAUGGCUCAUUAAACUUUUGUGCAAAUUUCCAAGAUUCUCUUAGUGUGAUAUAUUAUUUAUUAUUGAAUACUGAGAGUCUUUAUAUCUUAUAGACCCAUCAUUUAAAGAUAUCUGCCACAUAUUCACAUGUUUAAAUGAAGACCCCCAAAAUGACGUGACUGAGAAAAUGCCUUUGAGAGAUAUGUUAAAAGCAAAGAUAGAAUCCUGCAGAGAGGUAUUAGUAUUAGUGCUCUUACCUCUGUCUCUUGCCAUCCUUUGGCCCUCUUCCAUGAUGGUCUCUGAACUUUGUCAGCAUACAUGAUACAAAUGUCCCCUGUGUGACUGAGAGCUCUGCUGACAUCUUUUAACCCCAUGAUGCUAUGUAAGUUACUUAGUAAUGCAGAAUCAAAGAGCACUAGGAGAAUACAGAGGGACCAUACAAGCAAGGAAGACAGACAAGAAGAUGAGUUCAGUUUCCUGCACCCUGGAUUCAAAGUUUCUAAAUACCCACAAGUGGGGAGUGUUCUAGGCAGGAAAUGGCUCUGUGGACUGAAACUACAGAGAGGAAAUAUGGUAAACUGAAAGCUCACUUUCCUUACAGGCAUGGCAUCAGAUGAAUCCUGGCUCUGAUUACACACCAUUCUUCCAACCACACAUUGUGCUGCUAUAGCCCAAGACACUGCAGGUAGAAAUGAUCCUACCUCCAAGCCUCAUGUUUCAAAGAGUUAGGAUCUUUAUCAACUCCCAUGUGAAUUACCCAAUGAAUCAACUCAGCUAUGUAUUUCUACCACUUUUAGGUUCUUAUGUGUCAGAAAUUGAAUGCUUAAUUUUGGAUCUUUCUAAGGGCUACAGAGGUACCCUUGGCAGAGAGAGUAAGCUCACUAGAUAGGGAUGGAUGUUGGUCCUUCAGGCAGCAAGUGAAAUUUGUGAACCCCUGUGCUUUCUUCCAUAACUUGAUGUGUGCCUAGCUUUAUCUCCUUAGUUGAUCUGUGGUAUAAGUGGUAGAGACAAACUCAACCAGAUCAGCUUUAGGAAAUAGUUUACAGUUGAAUAGUCAUGAAUUAUGUGCCUACAUAGAAGCUGUUUUGCCUUGAUAUUAGUGUUAGAAUAUAAAACAUGGACCUGGGCAGUAUUUGAGAAAAACUUCCUUCCUUCCUUCCUUCCUUCCUUCCUUCCUUCCUUCCUUCCUUCUCUCUCUCUGUCUCUCUCUCUGUCUCUCUCUCUGUCUCUCUGUCUCUCUCUCUGUCUCUCUCUCUCUCUCUCUCUCACACACACACACACACACACACACACACACACACACACACACACAAUUUUAUUUAAAUUAAAAAGAAAAAAGUCCGCCAGCAGUAUCAGUACAUGUGUCUUGUCUUGUAAGGAAAAGGACAACUGGUCGACCUCAUUUUCAAACUAGGGGUGGAGAGGGAUGGAGGGAAGUCCAACAGGACAACUGGUUGACCAUACAGAUUAUAUAUAUAUAUAUAUAUAUAUAUAUAUAUAUAUAUAUAUAUUCCUUCCUUUCCCUUUUAAAUUAUCUUUGAAUUUUUUUUUUAUGGUCUAGUCCUUAUCCCCCCUCUCGGUCUAUCCUCCAACAGUUCCUCAUCCCAUUCCUCCUCUCCCUUGGAUGUUCCCACUCCCCACCCCAGCCCAUCAGGCCUUCCCACUCCCUGGGGCCUCAAGUCUCUCAAAGGUUAGAUGGAUCUUCUCUCACUGAGGCCAGACCAGUCAGUUCUUUGCUGUAUAUGUGUCAGGGACCUUAUACUAUCUACUGUGUGCUUUCUUUAAAAGACACUUUCAAUUAAUUCCUUGAGAAUUUCAUAUGAUGUGUUUUGAUCAUUAUCUAUCCUGCACUGCCUCCCAACUACUCCCAGAUUAACUCCUAGUUCUGCAUCCCCAAAUCAUGUUCCCUUUUUGUUUUAGUAACUCAUCAAGACUAAUUCCUGCUACCUGUGUAGUUGUGAAUGUGAGGUCAUCCACCAGAACAUGGUUCACCUACAAGGAAUUGCACCCCCGAAGGCCAUCAGUUGUUCAUACCUUCUCAGUUAGAUAUGGAGGCUCCUGGACCCCUCCUACUCCAUGCUGGAAUGAUGACUGGUUUGUUCCUCUGCAAGUCCUGUGCAGGCAGCCACAGUUGUGUUAGUUCCCAAAUGUAGCAUCCUGACCACAAUGUCACACCUUGGUAUUCCCUGACCUCUGGCUCUUAUCAUCCUUUGGCCCUCUCCCAUGAUGGUCUCUGAACUUUGUCAGGACACAUGAUACAAAUGUUCCCCAUGUGACUAAGAACUCUGCUGACAUCUCCUUUUUCUUCUGGGACCAGCUGUGGCUUUCUGCAUUUACAAACAUUUUCUAAAGAAUGUACCAAGAGUCUGUGAACUAAUACUAGGACUUGUUACAGACAAUCAGAGUUGCUUUGUUUUGACAUUGGAUGUGUAAAUACAUCAUGAAGAGGGGAUGAACUGACCUUUCCUGGGAACUCAGUGUCUGUCACUGGCAGGUGCAGGUAUCUUUCUCUGGCUAUGUGCGAAGAAAACAUGUAAGCUCCCUGGAUGAGCAAAUAGAUAGACACACAAAGUUCAUUGGCUUGUAGAAAUUCCAAAGCAGAACUUAAUGGAAUCAGGCUAAAACCGGAGGAGUUCUUUAGAUAAGAAAGUAAGUGAAGUUACUGAUUUCCAGAAGAUAUUAAAAAGAGAAUCCUAUCGGCCCUUAGGAGUAAGGCAGCCCACAUUUGAAUCACAGAUUAUGGGCUGGGCCACAUCACCAAAAAGAAUCUUAGUGUACUGAGUCCAACAUCUUCUGUUACCUGCAGUGAGUGACAAAGUUUAGGCCACACUCUGCGUGCUCUAGUCCAAUAUUUGCCUUGGAAAUAAAGUCAGCACCACACAGCGCUGGUUUGUCUAAAUAUUUACACUAAGGAAUACAAAAUUCUGAUCUCUGUGGGUAGACUCACCAAUGGAAAUCCUCCUGAAUGGCCAGUAAGCGUGGCAGUUGGAGAGGAGUAAGCCAGGCACAAAGAGAAAAGGAGGCCACACAGCGUGCAUGUUUUUAUUUACAGAUCUAGGAAAGGUAAAGAGGUGGGAGAGCACUGUGGAAAGAGGGAGAGCGAUGAAACCAGAAUCUUCUGAAACGUGCACCUACGGGAUAAUAGUGUGGGCUUACUAAAAUCUGUUCCUAACUUUAUCUUUAACAGAUAUGGAACAGUAGUUAUCUAAUGUCCCACCUUACGUUUCAGGAAAUAAAAUCCAACCCCAGCAUGGCUAACCAAGCUGCCUAAGGAGAUGGAGAUUUACCCACGGGAUUUCAAGCCCUGUUACCCUGCCUGAACCAUUUCUUCCACCCAAACAUCAUAUCCUCUAAGCGUUACUCCCUUCUCCCCACUCUGCAGAUAUGAGACAUCAGUUCCUUUUGGGCACUUAGCCUCCUCAAGGCCACAUAAUUACAGUAACAGAAAACCCACAGCUAAUGGUUACUGGACAAUUGUUACUUAAUCAUCACAACUCGGAGGUAGAUACUGCUUAAACCUCUCUGUGUUAUAGGCAUGCACGGUGUGUGUAUAUGAGUUGUGUGUGUGUGUGUGUGUGUGUGUGUGUGUGUGUGUGUGUGUAAUAUGUAUGUGUGGUGUGUCUAUAUAUUUAUUCAAGAUGCAUGAAGAACUGUGGUGUAGGGUAUAAUGUAGGAGUGUUUAUAUAUAAGCAUGUGAGGAUACGGUAUAGGGGGAUAUUUCUGUGUGGUGGUGUGGGGAUCUGUGUGGUAUGUCUGUAGUGCAUGCCUGUGAGUCCACUGUUGGAAGCCAAAGCAAGGCAUCCAGUAUAUUCCUCUUUCACACUUUGUAUUACCUUGACAAUGUUUUAUACUCAACCAGAAGGUAGGUGGUCGGGAUGGGGAGGGAGGGAGGUAGAUGCUGGGCGGGAGGCUAGCUGCCCCUGAGAUCUUGACCUUUUGCCUCAGAAUGUUGGUGCUGUUGGCAUGCAUAUGCCGUGUCUAGCCUUUUGCAUGAGUGCUAGUAAUUUGCGUUCAGGUCACUGCAAACACUCUUACACAGUGGCCCAACUUCUCAGACCCUAUCCUUUUUAGAAAAGGAAAACCUGAGAUCCAAGGGAGUUGAGAUUUUCCCUGAGUUCCACUUUGUAUGUAGAAGAUCCAGCAUUCAAAACAAGGGGCUUCACAUGAAAUCCAGGCCCAGCCUACAAAUGGCCUAUCAGCAGGCUGUCUGUGCCUCUCCCAGAGCUUGAGUAACACGACAUUUGUCCUACAGUCAUUCAUUAAGGUAUCUGUAAGCAUCAGAAGGCUUGUGAGCUUGUGGUAAGAGGAAGCCAUUACAGCAUGUUUUAGUUUUUAUUUUCAUUGUGUUAUAUGAGUGCACCGUUUUGAGAAUUAAAUCGAGAAAAUAUGCAGAAAGUGCUCAGUAGUUCAUUUUCAUUGGCAAGCAUGCAAUCACACUAAGAGUCAAUAGGCAUCAGGUCUUGAGUUCGAGUCCCCAGCACUAAUGUAGAAUCAUAGUAAAGGAAAUUAGAUUUGAGAUAGCUUAAGAACACAACCCAGCCUCUACGCCCUGUGUCCCCACUUUUAUUUCUUAUUUGUCGUUACCUAUAAGGAAAAUAAUUAGAAAAGCAAGUCUUGGAAAUGCUCACUCUGGUAAGCCAAGUUCGGAUUCUGAACUAGACAGACAGCCCAAGCGUGUUUUAUCUUUGAUAAAUGUCAGUUUCCACCUUGAGAUCAAGACAGACAUGUAGCCUUUGUGAUUCAGUGAUCAGGAAACAGUCUCUCAAGCAUGGGGCACGGGCAAAGCUCAAACAUGUCCCCACUGGGAGGUUAUUUAUACGUGGUUACAUCCUUCCCGAGUUCUAGCAGGACACUGGUACUCGUGUCUUUUACCCUUUCUUUGAUUUUUCCAUGUAUAUUUAUAUGUGUACAUGUUCUUCCCUGUCUCUCUGUGUUAUUUUGAAAGACACAAAUAAGGGUUGUCAUUUCAAACUGUAUCCUCAAAAGUAGCUUGGCAUCAGAAUCUUGGGUAUAGGAAUUCAUUUGGCAGGGAGCCUGCAGGGCUGUUUAAGUGGGCAGUAGAACCUAGCUGUAGAGUAAAACUUGACUUAUCAAAUUAAUCUGUAAUACUCGCAGGCAAAAUGCUGAAGAGAUCAAAGUUAAUCUUUAAAAAGUGCCAGGCAAAAGGCAGAUAGUGUGGAGUCAGAAGACAGUGAUAUUCAUGUAGUGACAAUUAAUUAUUUAAUUCCAAGGACACAUUAUAGUCUACAAAUAUAUAUCACGUUCACAAUUGACUACCUAUUUUAUGUGGCAGAAUACCAGCUUUGCAUUUUUAUUAAAAUUAUUCAUAACUGCAUAGCCGCCUAGAUGAACUGUUGGGUUCUUGUCCUGUGUUCCAAUAUAUUAUUUUGUCCAUUUUAUCAUGGCAUGAGACCAGAAAUUUGUCUAAAUUUCAUAGUGAUCUGUGGCAUAGUCAGCAUCAGCAUCUCCUAAAUCCAUAUUUUAUCGUUUCCAUUUUGCCUAAUGCAAUCUUUUAAGAUUUAAAAAAUAGUAAAUAUGCAUGGAAAAAAUCUGUUCUUUUUACCUUUAAAAAACAAGCUCUAGACAAAAAUCUUUGCUGAAUUUUUUUUUUAAGAAAGCUAUUGUUAUAUGGUGGGUAAUUCGGUGUCAAAUAGUCUUUCUUAACCUAAAAAUCCGCAUAAGACAUGAAUUUGGAGUGAAAAAAAAAAAACAGUAGUUUUCUGAGCACGGCGUCUCCCUUAGGUAUUAUGUGUUGAUCUAUAUGUUAAUGUGUUGCUCUGGUCAGACCAUACAACAAAGUGGGACGAUGACUUCUGAAGACAGUUGGCUUUCACUUCAUAGUCUGAGCCCAUGCGUGGGCGCGUGCGUGCGUGCGUGCGUGCGUACGUGCGUACGUGCUCAAACCCAAAAGGCUAUCCUGCUCUUCCACUCUGUGUCUCAUUCUUCUGAGGAUGAGCCCAGAGCUAGACUGUCAGUCAGCCGCCACCUAGGGAUCCUUUCUUUUCUACAUCCACAGUACUGCAGUUGCAGCUGCAUACAUGGCCACACCUACUUUUUCUCUUUGGGUGCUCGAGUAUCCUUAAAUGCUCGUACCGAAAACACUCUUAUCCACUAAGCCAUCUCCCUAGUCCUCUUGCAGAACUUUUGGACAUCAGUUAAUAGUGCCUGCCUUAAUGGGGUCAUGUAUGUAAGAUAAUGAAUGCAUACAGGUAAGUGAGAAGUGAGUUGGGCACGGAGUGCUCAUGUAAUAAAUAGUAAUUGUUGUAAGCCACAGUGAUGGUGUGACAUAGAAUGUCCCAAAAAGUGUGAGUUCCAGUUUAGAGAAAGGAGAGAUGAUAAAAAUGACAUUUGUCUCCAAACGUGUGUUUCUAAACUGAUAAAGAACAGGGACGACUCGAGAAUCCAGACUAUAUAGCGAAGCAGCCCUCAGAGACACCUCGGAUAGUGCGGUUGGAUGCCCUCUUUUUGCAUAGGUGGAAUUUAACUCCCAGUGGGAAGUGGGUUCCUCAGGGUCACCCCACUAGGACAGGAUUCUAACUAGCUAUCCUGGCAUACAGCUUCCUCCACAGACUGCAACAAAAGACUGGCUUGUUCUCAAGAAGCAACCACGGAACUACAUAUGGGACUGUUAGGAGCCGAGAUGUGGCAGCAUUGGCCAGUAUAAUACUUCCACACUCCCUUGGCUUGGUCUUCUAGUCACUACUGAUCUUCCAGGGGUGGCUCUCCACACAGCCAAGACUCUUGCUCCACCACCAGGAGGGCAGAUAAACAGCUCAGCGUGAGUGGGAUGCUGGUAGCUGUACCUGGGGUAGGAAGACACAGGAGGAAUAUUUGCCUUGGAGUCUCUAGAAUUUCCCUGGGGACAUCGUAAAUGUCUAAGAUUAAAAUGAAGCCUUUCUUUCUUAUAAAACAGUCAUGUGUUAAAGGAGCUGCAUUCGAUGCUUCUGAGCUAUAUAUUUUAGUGGAUUCUAUAAAAUUCUCAAUAAAGGGAAGGUCACUGUUGGGACCAUAAACAGUGUGCAUGGAGGCAAAUUUAACCCAGGUCCCCGGGGCGUCUAAGAGUUGAACGAACUACUUUUCUUGGAAUGCACUCCUCUUUCUUGUCACCCCGUCCCACUGCCACUGAUCACUCUCCCAGAGGCAGUAACUGGACUGUGCCUGGCUCUGGGGCUCACCUGUCCCUGAGUAGGAUUCAGAGAGAUGUGAUUUUUGUCUGUUAAACAGCCUGUCAUUAGGAGCAUCUCUUCUAGCUCCUGCAGUUUUGUAUUCGAGGUUAAAGUGAAAAGAUUGUCGUCACACCCAUUUAUGGGGUGUGUACAGUGGAUUCCUGUGUCUUCUGUAUUUUGCUGGGCGUCCAUGUGGGCGACUAAGAAAGACCAGUGGUGACCUUUACUUGCUGACGACACAGGUUGUUGUUCUGCACAGUGAGUAGCUCCCCCUGUGACCUUUCUCGCUGUCGGUACAGCCUCCCAGCCCACAGGGAGAGUCUCCUGCACCACACAAUGGGGAGAUAAUAGCCCUGGGCUUGUUCCACAGAGUGGUUUUUGAGGCUUAAUUGAAGAAUAUUUUUGACCCAUUAUCAAGAGCAUUAGAAGGAAAUGUUCAAAGAGAUUUGAUGCAGCUCCUUCAAUUGAAGAAAGUAGAUACUCAAAUAAGCAAAUUAUAACCCUAAAUAGUGAUCCAUCUUUAUGUUCAGUCCCUUCAUCCUUUCAGAAUAAAGACUUCUGCUUUUCACUCUGAGGGCAGGAGAUGGGGGAGGUGCAGCAGAACAAUCCUCAGCACGGCGAAUGACCCCUCCCCACUGUCGUGCGCGAAUGUGUAGCAAGCACCCUUGUUUGGAAACGGAAGGCUUUGAAUGGACUGCCCUGAAUAAAUUUAUCACUGCACAGCUAACUUUGUCUGCCGGUCCGCCUGGGCUCCUACAGACCUGGUUGGAAGAUAUUUCCGGGCAUCGUGAAGCAAAGCAACAAGUCUGAGGCAUGAAUGGGGCUUUUCUAGACAGUAUUUCUGGCUCCUUUCUGUUUCUGUACCAAGAAAACACGCUCUCAUCCUUUCAGACGUAGAGAAGCUAUUUCUUACUGAAGGAUUGUGGAGGGUUGCCCCCUCCAAGUGUUAUUACCACUGACAAAUUCGUACCCCAUCAGUCAUGGAUGAGAGUCAAAUUUAAUCUCGUCCUCAGCUUCACGGACUUUUUAAUGUCAUCUUGAGCUUGAUUCUUUGAUGAUGUUAUCUUUUAAUUUUUAAGAUGGCAGGACAAAAUGCAGCCCAAUUUUCUCUUUAAUUAAAAAUAAGACUGUCUGAAUCCGCAUAUGAGCGAUCAGAGGGAGUCCAGCUGACUGAAGUCUGGAAGCUUCUUUGCUUUAAACAGAAAUGGAGCUCCAGCCACAUUUUUCUCCUAUGCCUUCUUCUCCACCCCUGCAUCCUGAGGUGUCUACAAAUGGGUUUCAAACCACCAAAAAAUGCACUCCUAAAUCUGUGAUUAAAUGUUGCUACGAUUGAGAUAUUCACAGGUUAGUUAAGCUCAUCGGAAAUUCACUUGGAAGCUCACCAGUUUUCUCAGGAAGGCAUAGCAUCUGUAGAUACUGUGAGCUUCCAUUGUGUCAAACCUGUGUAAGAGAAACUGUCUAAUCAGUAUCCGAGACCUUACCAUGGCAGAACAGUAUGGAUUUUGGUGUAAACCGUAUGAUUUCCAGAAAAGUUGGAUUUUCUCAAGUCUUUCCUGGAUCGCUAUUUUUCGCCACCUGGAAGAGGCUCCCACUGAAAAGGAAAGAAGUCCAUUUGUGGGUGUCUGAAAGAAAGAGCAAUCAUAGAAAUGAUAGUUUAUGGGACUCUGAGUCUCUAAAAGCCCAUUUACUACAGGGAUGGCUAGUUACAGGACAAGACAGAGACGGGGGUUUUAUAAAUAUGGCACUGAACUCGCAAGAGAGCAAAGGAGUUCCUCAAGGAGCCCUAAGACUGUGGGGCAUGGAAAACCAGGGGCGUGGGACAAACCUCAGGACCGUCCCAGGGACAGCUCAGCUGAGAAGCUUGGCACCUGUUUAGUUGCGUGGGAAAUAGGCCUAAGCUCCAACUGAAGGGCCAGACUUACAACAAAUCACAGAACUGGAACAUGCAAAGUGGCCGUCCAUGUUCUUAAUGUAGGCCAGAGAGCCUAUGGCCAAAAUAGCGGGCACGUGACCAAAUGAGUGCUUCAUGGUUGAAUUUACAAACAACAACAACAACAACAGCACAUGAAUUAUCAUGUUCAUCUUUCCUCUUUCCAAGUGUCAGCCUCUCUGGGAAUGAAUGGAGGGAGUAAGUUCCCCCAGGUAGCGUUAUAAUGAAAACACCCACCUAAAAUAUGCGUGCAGCAUGGCUUCCCAUUGGUGGAAGCUUCUGACAACUGCCAGUGAUGAGCAGAAAUGCUCUCUGGAGGAACGAUUUCAAAAUCCAGCACCUUCAGGAUCUCUGCAGAUCCAGUUCAUGUGAAGUUACCCUGAGGAAAUAUUGAAAGCUUCCUGAAACUUUCCACGCAGGGAAUAAUGGAAGCCAAAAUGUGCAAGAUUCAGGGCCCGCAGUAAACAACAAAUUUAGAUCCUCCUGUGCUUCAUGCCAUUGAGAUGCUGGAUCCUGGGUAUAGAGAACACGCGAAAAGUAUAUUUUUAUAAAAUCAAGCAGUGGCGAGACCAUCACCAUGACCAGAUUUUUUAAAUUAACUGGAUAGAAUCACAGAAUCGAAAAGCAUAGCAAAGGUAUCACAGUUGCUUUGGUACUUUCUGUGACAAGAACAGUUCAGCAAGGACGAGGCUAUGCUGACUCACAGUUUGAGUGGACAGUCGUAGAGAAGUCCUGACUGAGAAGUAAAUCACCUGGUCACAUUGCAUUCACAGACAGCAACACAGAAAAGGAUUCUGUCACCCACCUCAUGUUGUCUUUUCCAUUCAUUCCCAAGCUCCAUCCAGCCUUUGUUCAGAAUGAGUUGCCCCACAGUUAAACCUUCUUGGAAACAACUUCCCAUGGUUCCUAUAUUAAGUAUUGGUUUACAUGCACCUGGAGAGAGAUUGGUCUGGAAGACCAUGAGGAAGUUAUACAACAGGAAGGAAAGAGGAAACUGGUAUACAGCAGUUAAAACAAGGGAAUGAAAGAAUGCCAAGUGUUCAAACAUUGAAAUCCCAGAACACUAUGGUGUUGAACGGAGUGUUAUCAAGAACUAUGAGGGGCCUGAGACCUUACUCUCAUGCUAAUAAGUGGAUCUGCCUCAGUUUUAGGGUUACUCAUUUAAGACAUGGUACUUCUGAGGUCAGACAUAGAGGAUUUUGUUUUCUUGGGACCCAGCAAGCCACAUGGGGUACAUGAUCAAGAUGGGUCCUCUUGCUCCCCAUAUCUCAGGAAGGAGUGGGCCUCAGAGAAUACUGGGCCCAUACAGGUUCAAGGCAGAUGGGGUUCUAAUGCUAAAAGGUGGAGGUGAAUAGGAAGUCCCAUCAUAACCCUCAGAGGGUGUGCACCACACACACACCAAGUGCCAUAGCUAAAUACAUAUUGAGACCUAUCCUGUUGGAACUGUAGGUUCGAAGACAGAACAAAGGACAUUAGAAGGAGACAAUGAAGAAAUAACUUGCCGUCUCUAAUUGAUCUUACUCAAAAAGGAAAUCUGAGCUUCCUCCAGUGGAGUCUCACUGGGUACACUAGUCAUACCCAAGAGUAGGCACAAAAUGAACUCAGUAUUUUUGUAGACAUUUUUGUCACAUAUUGCCUUAUUUAUAUAUUUUUUAAAUUGUCAUUGGCAUUUUGCUUCUGUAUUAUGUUUUACAAUUUUGUAUUGUUUGCUUGUGUGUGUGUGUGUGUGUGUGUGUGUGUGUGUGUUUUGUUUGUUUUCCCUCUCUUUCUCUGUUUAAUACGGACUUCCUUGAGCUUUUCUGUUUGUUUUUCUAAUUGUUUUCUAAACUGAGAAAGGGAAAGGGGGUGGGUGGGGAGGUGAGAAGGAUUUGGAACGAGUUGAGUCAGAAGAAACCAGAUCUAUUGUACAAAAAUUAUCUUUUAAUAAAAAAUAAAUAAGGGUUGGCGAUUUAGCUCAGCGGUAGAGCGCUUGCCUAGUAAGUACAAGGCCCUAGGUUCGGUCCCCCGCUCCGAAAAUAAAGAAAAAAAUAAAGUAAAUAAAUAAAGUGGGCUCUAGAGAAAUGUGUGCUUAUCCUGGAGGCAGAUAUUGUCCUUAGCAUUCUAGACAGUGAAUGACUUUGACCUCUGGUCAAAGGAGCGACCAUCAUUAUCUUUCACGUAUCUUUUGAAAGUUACUCUAGAAUCACAGUGGUCAUGGCAUCUACCUAUAAAGCACACAGAAGUGUGUGUCCCUUGAAGACAGAUUCCCCAGUAACAGAAGGCAUUUGGUUAGGGCAUAAAGACUUGAAGAUUUUCAAGAAUUUUAAACAUUGGAUCCUUCAGAGGAUGUGCACCACACACACACCAAGUGCCAUAGUUAAAUACAUAUUGAGACCUAUCCUGUUGGAACUGUAGGUUUGAAGACAGAAUAAGGGACAUUAGAAGGAGCCAGUGAAGAAACAUCAAACAUGGCAAACACAUUCCACAAUUUUGUUUUGGUGUUUGGUUUUUUUGUUUCAUUGGGGUGUUUGUUUGUUUGUUUAAUAGUGAAUAAUCGAAAAUAAACAUGACCUUUGAGAGGAACCAGAAGAGGAAACAUGGCGUGCCUUAUCAUGUAGACACCAAAGCCUAUUUUAAUGCUGUGCUAAUCAAGAAGUAUGAUAGUGCCAUGUAUAAAGUGGGCAUAGAUAAAAGGCCAGGAGCAAAGCCCAUACGGGUGUCACAUACAUACGUGGCAGCUUCCUCUAGGAAAGAAUCACAAUCAAGGAUGCCCGGGACAGGUUGGGCCCUCAAAUGAUGCAAUUCCAAGAUAGGACAUAUAGAAUGGAAAGAAAUCAGACCCAACAUAUGGAAGCCUUUUAUGUAUAUCAAUUAUUGGAAUAUUUAAAUCAUGCACAAAAAGUUUAAAGGAAGGAAAAUUGUAGAACUUUCAGAGAACCCAAACGAGAACAUAUUUAUUUUGUCCCGUUGGCAUUGCUAAGUGUCAAACUCAGUACCACCUUGUACGUGCUAGCAGGUGAUCUACCACUGAGCUCCUCGAUAGCCCCAGGAAUAGCCUUUUUCUCACAUAUUGGAGAAAUAUUUCUUACCCAGUGUAUAAUAAACAAACAGAACGAAAUAGGCAACAAAAAUCUUUAAAGAAAACAAUGACAAAUUCAAUAACAUUAAUAUAUAUAUAGUAUAUAUAUCUUCAUCUAAGGAUAUCAUUAGUAAAUUAAAAUUAGUUGCAAGUGGGAGAGUGGACCAUUUAAAACACUAAAAGAGAUUCAGUAAGUCCCCUUAUUGCACAGUUUAAUUUUCUCAUAGUACAAGCAGCAUGAGCCAACUGUGGUCUGAAAAUAUUAAAUAGAAGAUUCCAGAAAGAACUCAUUAGUUUGAAAUUGCAUGCUGUUCUGAGUAGUGUGCUGAAAUGUCACUCUGUCCCCCCAAGAAUGUGAAUCAUCCCUUUGUCUGGCAUAUCCAUGGUGUAUAUACCAAACACUUGUUAGCCACUUAGUACGAUAUUGGUUAUGAGAGAGUUGAUAGGCUCCAUCAGUAUUCGUGGUAAAGGAAUCUUUGCAUAAUGGCCUAACAUAGCCCACCUCUCUUCAUCACAACAGUUAGGCAUAGCAUCAUCUCUUGUUGUCACAUAGAGGUGUGUACAGAAUAAUAAGAAAUUCUAAAUGACUUGGGGAAGAGAGUACAUCCACAUCACUUAAACACAGUACGCCGUGAUAGCUUUUCCGCUAUUUAUUUUCAAUCGCCAUGCCUUAUUUAUAAAUUAAACUGCCUUUGGUAUGAAUGUGUUUACACGAAAAAGUGUGAUAGAUAAUUAAAUAGAUUGAUGAUAGGUAGACAUAUAGAUAGAUAGAUAGAUAGAUAGAUAGAUAGAUAGAUAGAUAGAUAGAUAAUAGAUAUUAUUCAGUGUUUUCAUCCAUCCACCAGGGGUCUUUAAUGACUAUAAAUGAAAGAAAAUUUAACACAAUAUAUGCUCAGACUAUUUUUUUAAAAAAAUAACAUAGUGGACUAAUAUUCAGAAAAAAAAAUCAGCAUUACUACUCACCAGGAUGCAGUACAAGAAAACAACAAUGGUAAUUGUUUUAUACCUGCUCAGCUCAGUGUUAAAGUUUGAAUAAUGCCAUUUGUGAGCAGGGAUAUGGGGCUGCAAGAACUCCCAUCGUCUCUUGUUUUCUUUUAUGUCCUCGUCUUUAACAACCAGAAAGAUGCAUAAAGUCAGAGUUCUCCUAAAUUACAUUAAAUACAAGUGGAAAGUAAUUUAACAAAAAUUAAAUACUUUGAAAAAUCACUUUUUCAAAGCCAUAUCUGGAUGUGCAUGAAUAUUCAGACAAAAGAAUCUUAUAUUUCAAUAUAAGAGAAUCACAAUCAAAGGAAAAUCUACAAUAUAUGUUUUAAGUUUUUCAUUUAUUGUAUGGUUUUUGUUUUGUUUUGUAGACAGGGUAUCACUGUUUAGUCUGGCGUGGAAUUCACUGUGUAGCCUAUGAUUACCUAAAAUCCACACUUCUGCCUCAACAUCUUAAGUGCUGGUAUUGUAUGUAUGCACACACACACACACACACACACACACAGAGGCACACAUGCACACACACUCAUACUCAUGAACACUCAGACAAGCACAUGCUUACAGGCACAUACAUGCACACACAUUCACAUACACAGGCACCCACACAGAUCCACACACAUGUGCACACACAUUUACAUACACAUGCAUACACAGACACACAUGCACUUACAUAGACAUACACACAGAGGCACAUACACUCACACACGCAUACGUAUGCACACAUACAGACGCACGUGCAUACACACAUGUGCACACACAUGCACACAAACACACACAUUCACUCACACUGGCUUUUUUGUUUGUCUCACCUUGGGAUGAGAGUAUCCAGAAAGAGUCCAAAGGUUUGCCUUCUAAAAUAGUCCUUCUAAAACUUUUUAACUCCUGACCCCUGAAAAAGUUUUAUGUGAACCUUUUUAUCGAGGUAUGGAAAGCAGGAAUACAAGUCCAACACUUUUAAUAAUCAUAGAGAUUUAUUUUUAUAACGAGUAUUUGCUAUAUCAUUUUACUAUUCACUGGAGACAAAAGCGAAUACUGAAAUGAACGCUUCUUCAUUUUUACAUAAAAAUUGAAUCUCGCUAGAAUGUUUGACACCGAAGGCCACAGCAUCCUCAACACUUUCCACAGUUCAUCAAUAAUCCAGUUUAAUAAUUACCAGUGCUGAGAAACGACUUCACACAGAUAACACCGAAGAAAAUGACAAAACUACUUUGGGCUCAUUUCAGAAAUGGCCAAAAUUCAACUGCGAUCUCAAGCCAAGAUUCUCUGAAUUUUUUGUUAUUGUUGUUUAUGAAAAAUCAAGCCAGAACUCAGACAGAAGUUUUAAAAGUCAAACGUUCUAACAACACAACCCAGGUGUGGCAGUGCGAUCAUCACCGAAGUUCGAAAAUAGGAAAAUGCCAACUCUUGGUUUUUCCGUAAGUUAAAUCAGUCACUCUCCUUAUGAAAUGUGAAAACUUCCCAAGUACAGUAAAGACACUGCAGUGCGUAGCAGAUAGUGGAUUUAAACCAGAGCCACGUUGCCUCAGGCAGCAUUCCUUGGGGUGUAGGGAACAAUAGUCACAGUGUGGAGUGUGUGUUUGAAACCAGGGCUGCAGUUAAUUGUUUUGUGAAUAACCCCUCCCCCCCACACACACAUUCAGUUGUCCUUUAUGGACCCCGUGACUCAUAAUUUAGGAAGCUGAGCUCUAAUAUGUAUCUGCCUUAGCAUCUUAGUAUCUAUGGCAAAUUUUCAUAUAAAACAAGGUGCCAGCUUUGUCUGUACAGCAGAUACCCGAGAUCAUCUCCUUCUACCCAAGGAGAGGUUAUUAUUUUCCCCUCAGUAUUGGAGAUUUCAGACUGCCUAGUUGGCUGUGUUGCUCUGGGGCCUGUAGUGGGGUAGCACAUGGUGGCACAUGAGACAGUUAAACAGUUCAUCUCCUGGAGCCAAAAAAAAAAUGGGGAAUUAGAAGGGACAAGGGGCCCCUCUCCUGUGUGGAGGCCGUGUCACAACUUUCUCCCAGAGGCUCUUGCAGGUGCCACCGUCUCCCUGCACCACCAUGGGCUGGGAAAUAAGACAUCGUAGGCGUUUGAAGGACACUUAGCACAGAAUCGAGACAUACAGCGACUAGGUAAAGGAACAAACUAUUAAAACUCCUCCAGUUUAAGAAGAAGAGAAACUGUGCCACAAAAUCCAGUUAUCUUCUAAAAGAAUCCCUAAGCGGUCAGUUGCCCCUUGCCAUGAACUAAUGGGAAAGGAUCUGAUGUCGUGGAUACAGAGCCCUCUAGAAGGGUGAUGUCUGAGGCAGUUACAGAAUACUCGGUUCAUGUAAGAACACAAAAAAAUCUAGAAUAAAAUCUAAGCAAAAAAAAUGGUGCUUUGUAUUGGAUCCGAUGAAGUUGUUAUGGUAGUAUUCUUUAUAAACGAGGAUAAACGCUGAAAAUCAAACUCAGGUAUCAUCUACCACUGGUAAUGACUUUGACCUCUUAGCUUCCAAAUAACCUCCCAUAUCUGGAGAUGGCUGCUGCUACCUGACAGCCUGCUUGUCCAAAACUUGAAUAUAAUGCUUGAAUAAAAGUAGGCAUUCAAAUAACAUUCCCUAAUGAACCAGAAGAGCCGUGGCAGUUACCAUUUUGGGAGGAAGUCUCCCAGCUUUGGCUUUGAACCCUUGUCACAUCUGAGGAGCCUAGGUGUGAAUCAAUAUGUCUGCCUGGAAGUCACAUGACCUCUCAGAGAGAUUGAUGUGGUGAUUGUGGGGCUCUGUGUUCUCCAUCAGCUAAGUAUCUGUGCCUGCCAUUCAUAUUUUGUCUUCAGCUUGUUAUGCUGACAGAAAAUAUGUCUCUGUGGAACAAAGGGCCAGCUUGGUGUGUUUGCUUAGUUUCGGCAUUUAAAGAGAACGCUUUCAUUUUGUUCCUGGGAACUGUAUGGUUCUUCCCAUCUUAGGACACUGUAGAGCGUCUCGGUCAGCUGUUAAGCUCUCUGCUUGUUUUUGUUUCUACUUGUUGCUAAUCUUGUUGAUAAAAAAUAAGGAUUUUUUUUAAAAAAGUAAAUAGGAUAUUUCAAACCUGUUUUCUUUAAAAUUAAAUAAUAUUCGGACUUGUUAAACCCUUGUUUGGAUUUUGGGGGGGGUGUGGGUAUAGCUGUGUGCACACAUGUGCACGAGAAAGCUUAUGUGUGUUGACAUGUAUGGAAUGUCAGAAGUUCAUAGUGAUCGUCUUUCUCUUUGGAUCUUCAUCUGACUUUUUGGAAACAGGUUCCUUCUCAGACCUUGUGGAUAUGGGGGGGGGGGUCAAACAAACUCAUGUCCUUGUGCUUGUACAGCAAGCAUUUUAGCAACUGAGUUGUCUUGCCAGCCCCAAACCACUUUUUCUAAACUAUAAAUCAUGCCUAUGGCGGUACUCAUCGAAGCAUGCUUAAUUCUUUGAGAAAAGCGAGUCACAUUUGACCCCAUUACUCCAAACAUCUUUUUUUAUUAUUAUUGGAUACUUUAUGUAUUUACAUUUCAAAUGUUAUCUCCUUUCCUGGUUUACCUUCCGGAACUCCCCUAUCCCACCCCCCUUCCUGCUGCUUCUAUGAGGGUGCUCCUGCUCCCACCCACUCCCUCCCACCUCACUGCCCUGGCAUUCCCCUAUGCUGGGGCAUCAAGUCUUCAAAGGACCAAAGGCUUCUUCUCCCAUUGAUGUCUGACAAGGCCAUUCUCUACUACAUACGCAGCUGGAGCUAUGGGUCCCUCCAUGUGUACUCAGUGAGUGUAUACCACGUGUGUUCUUUUGUUGCUGGGUUACCUCACUUAGGAUGAUAUUUUCCAGUUCAAUCCAUUUGCCUAAGAAUGUCAUGAAGUCAUUUUUAAUAGCUGAGUAGUACUUCAUUGUGUAACUGUACCACAUUUUCUGUAUCCAUUCCUCUAUUGAAGGGCAUCUGGGUUCUUUCUUGCUAUUAUAAAUAAGGCUGCUAUGAACAUAGUGGAACAUGUGUCUUUGUUGUAUGUUGGAGCAUCUUUUGGGUAUAUGCCCAGGAGUGGUAUAGCUGGGUCCUCAGGUAGUGCUAUGUCCAAUUUUCUGAGGAACUUCCAGACUGGUUUCCAGAAUGGUUGUACCAGUCUGCAAUCCCACCAACAAUGGAGGAGUGUUCCUCUUUCUCCGCAUCCUUGCCAGCAUCUGCUGUCACCUGAGUUUUUGAUGUUAGCCAUUCUGACUGGUGUGAGGUGGAAUCUCAGAGUUGUUUUGAUUUGCAUUUCCCUGAUGAAUAAGGAUGUUGAAAAUUUGUUUAGGUGAUUCUCGGUCAUUCAAUAUUCCUCAGUUAAGAAUUCUUUGUUUAGCUCUGUACCCUAUUUUUAAUAGGGUUAUUUGGUUCUCUGGAGUCUAACUUCUUGAGUUUUUCUAUAUAUCGGAUAUUAGCCCUGUAUUGGAUGUAGGAUUGGUAAAGGCUUUCCCCAAUCUGUUGGCUGUCCUAUUGACAGUGUCCUUUGCCUUACAGAAGCUUUGCAAUUUUGGGAGGUCCCAUUUGCCGAUUGUUGAUCUUAGAGCAUAAGCCGUGACACACAAAUUCAUGAGGCAUUCCAUAUUUUUGCACACCUAACAUCACAGGCUCACAGGCCCACAGAAGGGACAAGCUCCAGUCAGAGACAGUAAGACCACCUAACAUCAGAGAUAGCCAGAUGGCGAGAGACAAGCACAAGAACCUAAGCAACAGAAACCAAGAAUACUUGGCAUCAACAGAAUCCAGUUCUUCUACCACAGCAAAUACUGGAAAAGCCAACUUUGGAUUCAAAAAUCACAUCUCAUGAAGAUGAGAGAGUUCAUUGAGGAGGACAUAAAUAACUGCAUUGAAGAAAUAAAGGCAAACACAUGCAAACAGGUAGAAGCCCUUAAAGAGGACACACAGAAAUCCCUUAAAGAAUCACAGGAAAACACAACCCAAAAAGUAAAGGAAUUGAACAAAACCAUCCAGGAUGUAAAAGUAGAAAUAGAAACAAUAAAGAAAUCACAAAGGUAGACAACCCUGGAGACAGAAAACCUAGGAAAGAGAUCAGUAGUCAUAGAUGCAAGCAUCACCAACAGAAUACAAGAGAUAGAAGAGAGAAUCUCAGGGGCAGAAGAUACCAUAGAAAACAUUGACACAAUCAUCAAAGAUAAUGUAAAACACAAAAAGCUCCUAACCCAAAACAUCCAGAGAAUCCAGGACACAAUGAGAUUAAACCUAAGGAUAAUGGGUAUAGAAGAAAGCAAAGAAUCCCAAAUUAAAGGGCCAGUAAAUAUCUUCAACACAAUUAUAGAAGAAAACUUCCCUAACCUAAAGAAAGAGAUGUGCUUGAGGAUACAAGAAGACUGCAGAAGUCCAAAUAGAUUGGACCAGAAAAGAAAUUCCUCCAAACUUCUGACUGGGUGGGCACUUGUGUUUUUAUGGCUGCUCAGGGAUGCAUCACGAACAGGAGUUUGGGGCUAGAAGUUACCUGUUUAAAUACUGGUUUUAUACAGUUUUCCUAUGCAAACACCUUGAGAGAAAAUAAAAUUAUUCAGCCCCUGUGUACCUUUAUUUUGUACAUGAGUUAAUCCUCUUAUCAAACAAGCCAAUAGCAGCUUAAUCUCAUUUGUAAUAACAACAUUCAGAAACAACAGAAUGUGCCACAGUGCAGUGUGGGGAAACAAGACAAAGGGAUGAAUAAGGGAAGGGCCAGGCAACCUGCUAGAGCUGCGCUGUUACCCACUGCUUAAUGGCUUUGACAAUUUCCAUGACAUAAAUGUAAAUGGCUGAUUGCAUACCUGUUCCUAAAUGCAGAUUUGUAUAGGAAAGACGAGCUUUGAAGACUACUCCUCUGAUGGUAACAAUUGUUUCCUGAAAGAUUAGGAGAUUUUGUCCUUAUGAUUCCAACAUUUUAUGUUUUUCUCUGACUUGAGGAACCUAAUAAUUUUCAUUUUUUUAUCUACCUCAUCUAAUAACAUUUUACUUUUAAUUAAUAAUUUAUCACCUGACAAUUAUGUGUCCAACCAAACUUUCAGGAUUAGAAAAAUAUUAGGAAAAAAUGAACCUCUUGGGUAGUAAAUGCCAUAUGUUCUGAUAGCCAUGGAAUGUAAGUUUUCAGGCAGAUAAAAACCACGGUCACCCCGACUUUAUAGGUCAGAGGCCAAAAGUUUUCAUUCUUUGCCUUCACGAGUGCAGCUGCUAAGAGAAAGAACCCAGCUUUAAACCAGAACCUCAGCCUCAAAUUCCAAAUAAGUACUUUUCUUCUCUUUAGUUUUUGAAUGUGGUUGUUUGCUACCAGUAACGUUACCUUAGUUUGGCUCUUGUCUUCUGUCCUCAUUGUAGAAGUGGCUGCACAGUUCAUUGCACAGAGCACAUGCAGCUGUGACUACAAAAUGCAUCUCUCCGGUUAGUGAGGACCAGGGCACACUCGGUUUGUGUCAGUGACUCUAAGUAUAAAUUCACGCUAGUUGAUUCUAGUUUUAACCAGAAUGUCAUUUCAAAAUAUUGGGAGUAAGCAAAAUGAGUAGAACGUGAAAAAGUGAUUGUGUCCCAAUAUCAUACUCACUCUCCCAGUACAGACCUGUGAAGCCACACGGGAUGGAGUGAGGAAAGGAAAUGAUUCAGGCAGAACCCUCACUGCUGCUCUAAGGAAUCCCACUGACCUCAAAGAGGAGGCAUCCACGAGCUCUGGCACCACAUGGGGUGUUAGGGAACUUCUGUUUGGACCGCCGUCUUGCCCGCCUGAAACAAUUCUUAGAGUGUCAGAACAUAUAUUCUAGGUUUGAGAAGUUGUUUGCAAUGGGUAAAGUGUUCACCUUGCAAGCAUAAGGACCAGAGUUCAGACCCCCAGCACCCACAUAAAAAGUCACCUGUGGUGGUGUGUACCUGUAACCCCAGUACUGUAUUGGGGGAGAGAGACAAAAACAAGUGACCUUGGGGCCUGCAAACCAUCCUGUCUCCAUUUCGUGAGCUCAAGAUCAGUGAGAAACCCUACACUAAACAAUAACAAUAAGAAGAAACCUAAGGUUGUCUUGUAGUCUUCUCAGCUCCAUAGGCACAUAUGCAGGCUGCUACAGUCACAUCCUUAUGUGUGAGAGAGAGAGAGGGAGGGGAAAGAGAGAGAAGAGAAAAUGUGUAUUCCUAUUGUCAGUACACAGACAAUGCAAUCCUGUCUGACAAUUGUCUUCAUGCACUUCUGAAGUCAUAUAUAGUUAACUUUAAGUCAUAACAAAAAAUUAUGUAAUGAAAUAAGAAAAUCGUCCUCAAUUUGUGGUCAAAGGGCCCUUGAUGCCUGACAAUUUUACUCACGUGAAUUUGGGAACGUGGUUAGCAUCUGUGGCAUCGUUGGAGACGAUGGAUCAAUGAACACUUGAGAAAAAAAGUCCUUGAUUAUUUCUGUCCCUGCCACACACCGAUCCUCAUCUGUCUUGAGUGGGCAUGAGAGGGAAAUCCUGCUACUACAGCAGGGCGCGCACAAUGGUUUUUAUUUUUGUGGUGUACUCACAGGACGCGCAUGGUGUAUUGUUUUGUGAGCAGAAUCACAUGUAGGAGGGUGUGAGCUAUUUGUAAUCCGGCUCUCCCGAUUGUACAUCUUCAGCAGAUCCCCGAGGACUUCUCUGUAUCUUAAACAGAUAGAACUAGAAGCCUGUCGGAGCCAAACGCUUGUUGGUGAAAGCCAGGUGGUGUGGAUUGCAGUCUUUUAACUUCGAGGAUAACUUCUGCCCUUCUUCGUUUGCCCCUCUGAGCAUCCUACUGGAACCUGCGCACGGGUCGUUGUUGUUAGUCUUUCCGAAUAUAGGGUUUAUCUCUCGGUUCCUACUUUCCUCCUGGAUAUUUUUAGCUCUUCCUGCUGUCCUUUAGAUAAAGGCUUGUAGAAAAACUAAUUAAGAUAAUAUUCGUAGUUUUACAUAUAAUGCUUUAUUAUAAACGUGCCAAAUGGGUGAGUUGAUGGAUUUUCUUUUUUUUUAGAAGUGUUAUUUGCAUGCAAAUAACUCAUGGGACACAAAUACGUGGGUAUGGAUGUGUGUCUCUCACUGUGUGUGUGUGUGUGUGUGUGUGUGUGUGUGUGUGUGUGUGCCCUGCUGUACAUGUGGAAGUCAAGGGACAAGUAGGAAAAGCCAGUUUUCUGCCUCCACAGGAAUCCCAGGGAUUGAACUCUGGUUGUCAGGUUUAAUGGCCAUUGCCUUUUCCUGCUGAGCUUUCUUGCCACCCAUACCUCCCAGAGUUUUAUCUGGUCUUUAACCACUUCCAACACCUCAGGAAGCUUUUCUGUGGUUGACAGUGGCUUCUGUUUCUAGACAGGGCUUAGCUGUCAUGCCUUGGGGCAGGUGAAUCCAUUUCACCUACCGCUUUAGAACACACUGAGCUAGCUCCCUCUGACAAAUGACAUACUUCUUGACUGGGACACAGUGUGAUUUCUUUUCCCAUACGUGUUCCUGGUUGUUUCUUUGUUUCAGUUUCUCUGUGUUGCUUUGUUUGUUUCUUUCGGAUUUUAUUUAUAAAGUCUUCAGUGCUGUUAUAAAUCUGUUACAUUACCUGACCCCUGUCAUUACCCAGAAUUGAUAUAGUUUUUAUGUACAAAAAUACUUUCCUCAUCCAGGAUGCAGCAAAACAUGGUUGAAGUGUGAAUGAAUAUCAAUGCUAGGAAGUUCAUCUAAACCACAUAUCUAUCAUUUCUUUGAUAUUUGUUGCCUAGUUUUCCCCAUUGUUUUUCGAAUCUUGGCAAGCACCUGACUCUUAGAACAAAGCUAUCUAUGUUUUUAUUCCCAAAGCCAUCUGUAGCUAUAAACAGUAUUCAUAAUAAAGGUUUUGAAGUUGUAUUCAGACAUGUCAGCCAUUGCUUUACUUCUGACGUUCGAGUCUAUACCUAAGCAGCCUCUGGUGCAGUGUUGGCUCUACGUAUAGGAAGCUCCACCAGUCAGCGGCAGCCAUAGGAAGCUCUACUGUCAGCUGCAGUCAUAGGAAGCUCUACCAGUUGGCUUUACCCUUAGGAAGCUCUACUAGUCUACUCUACUUGUAGGAUGCUCUACCAGUCGGCUCUCCACGCAGGAAGCUCUGCCAGUCAGUUCUACCUGUAGGAAGAGUUGCAGAAGGUGUGUGAACUGCUGGAAGCUCUACCUUUGCCCUGUGUAUUGACUCCUCCUCGAUUUUGCUUUAUGAGCACUACAGCAAACUGUCACCAUUUGGUGUAAAUUGAGGCUUUUAAUAACGAUGUCUGUUCUACAACAUUUGUCAGCUUUGAAUAUUCUGUCAGUAGAAAAUAAAAAUAGCAGUGAGCCCAGCAGCAAUGACACCGAGGAUUUAUCUGCUUUUGCAAAAGGAAGGUAAAAAAAUAUCAUCUUGAGGGGUACACGUGUGGCAGAUUUCCUUCAAGUGGUAUAAAUCUGAAUUGACUUUUCCUCAAAUAUAGUUUCUAUGAAACGUUGCCAAAAAUCAAUGAAUGGGUACAGUUCCGUCAUUAAACACAGAGUUCGUUUAGCCUGAAAGAAGAAAUGAGAAAAGUUGCCUCAAAUCAGUGCGUCAAGCAUCCAUACUUUGCUUGACAACCUUCUGAAAGACAAGUUAUAUAAAUACAUAAAACGAAGCAUGAUAGCUCAGUAGUAAAAAUGUGGGUGCAUCAAGCGUUUAAAUUUUUAACGCAUUUCAAAGUAAAAAUUCAUGCACACAAGGCCAUCCUGAUAUGUGACAAUGAAAAAUUAAUUUAUCUAAUAAAGACAACUCAAGUAAAUCAAAUCAAGCAAAUUCCAGCCUACAUAUUUGUUUGUAAAUUGUGUAUGUCAGCUCUAAAUAUUAAAACCCGAGUGAAAUAUAUAUUAUGAAAAAUUCACUGCUUCCUCCUUUUGAGAUAAAACAUUUAAAAAAUAAAAGUUUUUUCCAGGAGUGUUUAUUGCUGCUGACUCGUGCUGUGUUCGUGUACACCCUGCUCUUACCAGUAUGCUUCUUGAAUUUUUUUCAAUCUCCUUGAAGGACUCUUUUCUCAGGAGAUAACUUCGUUUUAUUUUUUCCUUUAUUAGGACCAAUGAGGAUGUGUAGCAGGCCUACUAGGUGCCAGACUUGAUAAAUGUUGACAGUACCUCAAAGCUGUUUUGAGCAGCAACGAAAAUCUCAAAGGUAUCCUUAGCUGUGUAACCGACGUCUUAACUUCCGUCCUCACUGAUUAGUAAAAUCCCGUGAUCAUGCCAGCCUAUUGACAGGUCUACAGAUACAAUUAAAAAAUAAUCACAGUGUCUCCAUCUUAGGGAAUGCUUGUACACGCAUGUUUUAAUUUCAUUUGGUGUCAUAACUAUCCCAUUCUCCAAGACUAUGCUUGAGGCAACGGGUGAAUUCAUUAUUGUCGGAAUUAAUGAGAUAAUUUCAUGUAUGUAAUUGUACGAGGUUCUCUACAGUGGUCUUUCUUGCUGAUGGGAAGGGCCUUCCUUUGCACAGUGUGGAAUUCGAAGAGAGUUUCAAAUGACAGCAUGCAUUUUGUUUUGCUCUUCUAAACAAGAAACCCUGAUCUGAUGCUGUCGCCUACUUUUGACAGCGAUGAACUGAAAAUUUACUUUGCUACUCUAUAUUAAUAGUUAAAAGAAGAAAAGCAAAUCCGAAUUUCCUUCUAUGUUAGGAAAUCUUACUCCAGGCAAGGUUACAAGAGUUAUUUCUAAUAAAAUUUGGAUAUUAAUGAUUUCUGAAGACAGCUGGGCACUUUCUAUCUGCAGAGACACUUCACAUGGACUUUCAUGAGCAUCCUCUUUCGCCUGGAAAAAUCCCUUGCCUCUUAGAACAAAGAGAGAAGAUAGGACUCUACUCUGACAUGCUGCUCCCAUCUUGGCUUGCAGAAUCAUGGCAACCAGGCAGCUGAAUUCAUUUUCUCUCUUUGCUAUGUCAUCAUCUAGGCGAGUGAAGAUUGUUUGCUGAUAACGUGUCUUUUGUAGCUCUGACUUUAGUGGCUCUCAGGAUUUACAGAACUAUGUCUUUCCAGGCACAAGAACUUCGUUUUAAAAUACUGAUAAGAUUCUCCCGUUUGAAAGUGCUUUUUCAUUUUUAAUUUUGUUAAUUGAUUUGGAUAAGGAAGUUAUCCAAGUUGUUUGCGCACUGAAGAAAUAAGAUGCAUAUCUCAGAAGGAGAGUACUUUAAUAACAAAGUCUCUACUCCAGCUGAACGUGUCUUUGAGAUUCACUAGGGCCACUUCUAAUCUCCAUUUUCUUAGAAUGCUUGCUUGCAAUAAAAGGGGGUGAAAAACCUUUUUUUAGGUUUUAAUCUGCAUUGAUGUUCCAGAAAAUAAAUUAAAAAUAAUGAGGUUGUUUAAAUCUGUGUUCAUGAAAAUCCCAUUUUUUUGAAAGGAAGAUUUAAAUGAAUUUCCCUUACCUGUCUAAACAUCUCAGAAUCAAAUCAUUUUCUAAAAUAUCUAUUAGGAAGAGGAAAAUGAAUCCUGUAUAUGACAAGAGUCUCAUUGUGAAUGAAUGAAAAAUGUCAUAACUAUAGACGAAUUAACAUUCUUCAGCUACCUGCUCUUAAUAGAUUAAGCAAUGCUAGGAGUUUAAAAAAAAAAAAACAAAAACAAAAACAGUCUUGGUUUUCAGCCCUAACGUAUGACUUUACAGAAACUUUUUGUCCCAAGCCUCCUGACUGUAUUCCAGGUACAUUUCAUUCUUUGGAAGGCAAUGAUUGGAAGUAAAAGAAUGAACAACUAAAUUUGCCAUUGAAUUUCAGAAAAAUGAAUUUUUGCUGUUGUGUCAGCCAUCUGUUUACCUCCCUCUUUGCUUCCUCAGACAAGCCAUGUGCUCAGUGAAGGGGAGGUUUCACAUGCUUACCACUGUGUCUACAGUGUGCAGGCCUGCAGCUACAUUUGACUUGUCUCAGGCAGUUCAAAAGGGCAAGGCAGAGUCAGCCAAGUAGUCUCUGAUAAGGUGGCUUAUUUGCUCUUCAUUGAUCUAAGCAAUUUUACUGCCUCAGUUUCCCUAAAAUGGAGUCUUUGAAAACGUAAAGAUAGAAGGGAUUGAGAGCAACUCCACAUUGAAGUAGCAGGUACCUCCCUGGCCUCCCUAUUCCUUGCCCAAGUGUGAGCUCCUGGUUCAGUGUGCUCGUUUCUGUUGCUCUCUUAAGCUAGAACACGUGUACAGUACAAAGUCACCCGUGAGCCGUGCAGCUCUGUAUCUUUCAUAUACUCACAGGAUUAGCAUCCGUCACAUUGAAUUUUACAGCAUUUGUUAUUCACCCCAAAAAGAGACCCCCAAAACCCUCCUGCAUCACCACCAACCUUCCUUCCCCCAGCCAUGACCACCACUAAGCCUUCGUCUGUUUGUCAUUUUCCUGUUCCAAACGUUUCCCACAAUCGGAACUAUUCCAAACACGGCCCCUGUGGCUGCCUGCUUUCUCUAAGUCUGAUAUUUGGAGUCCAUGUUGCUUAGCAUGGAUUAGCAUUUGAUUCUUUUAAUGACCUCAUGUGAUCACAGCGCACUUUGUUUAUCUACUUAUAAUUGGUGGGUGUUUGGUUGCCCCUACUUCAUAUCUGUAGCAGAGAGCAAUGUUAAACUUGUCUACAGACGUUUGUGCAGACAUGUGCUUUCACUUAUCCUGGGUGUGUCCCUAAAGGUAGAAUGCUGGCUUCGGUGUAUAGGGGUAUGUGUAUGCAUGUAUGUGUGUACGUGUGUCCGUGUGUCCAUGUGUGUGUAUGUGUGUGUGUGUGUGUGUGUGUGCACCUGCUCACUCAUUCACUCAUAUGGAUGUACACCACAUGUGGGUGUGUGUUCAUGUGUGUUUACGUGUGGAGGCCAGAGGUUGACUUCUGGUGUCUUCCUCUGUGGUUCUUCACUUCAGAUUUGAGGCAGGGUCUCUUUGAACCUGGAACUCAGUGCUGUGGAGGUUGGCACAGGAGCCCCCAGGUAUUCUGUGUCUGCUUCUGGCGUGCUGAAAAUCUAGAAAAUCUUAGCUUUUUAAGUGGAUGCUGAGAGUCCGAAGUCAGGCCUUCAUGCUCUCGCUGCAAGCACUGUAUCAGCUGAAUCAUUUUUCCUACCCCCAUUAACUGAUGUUUUGAUUAAUGAUCUUUGCGGUACUGUAACAACAUUGUGAUUUUGAUUUACAUUUCCCUAUUAGUACUGAUGCUAAGCAUCUUUUUGUUUUGAAUACUGUAUAUAGUAUCUUACACGCAACUGCUCACUAGUUUAGCACCUUUGGAGACAAAACCAAAGAUAAAUAGUAGAUAGAUAGAUAGAUAGAUAGAUAGAUAGAUAGAUAGAUAGAUAGAUAGAUAGAUGGAUGGAUGGAUGGAUAGAUAGAUAGAUAGAUAGAUAGAUAGAUAGACAGAUAGGCAGACAGGCAGACAGACAGGUAGAUAGACAGACAGACAGAGAGAAGAUGGAAAGGUAGAUAAAUGAUAGAUAUGUAGAUAGAUAGAUAGAUAGAUAGAUAGAUAGAUAGACAGACAGACAGACAGACAGACAGACAGACAGAUAGGCAGACAGGCAGACAGACAGGUAGAUAGACAGACAGAGAGAAGAUGGGUGGAUGGAAAGGUAGAUAAAUGAUAGAUAUGUAGAUAGAUAGAUAGAUAGAUAGAUAGAUAGAUAGAUAGACAGACAGACAGAUAGGCAGACAGGCAGACAGACAGGUAGAUAGACAGACAGAGAGAAGAUGGGUGGAUGGAAAGGUAGAUAAAUGAUAGAUAUGUAGAUAGAUAGAUAGAUAGAUAGGCAGACAGACAGGUAGAUAGACAGAGAGAAGAUGGGUGGAUGGAAAGGUAGGUAAAUGAUAGAUAGAUAGAUAGAUAGAUAGAUAGAUAGAUAGAUAGAUAGAUAGAUAGAUAAGCAGGCAAGCAGACCGACAGACAGACAGUGUUUUGAAAUAUAUAGUAUCUCACACACAAAUUCUACAAAUUCUUACCUUUGGAGACGAAUACUCAGAAGGACCAAGCAUGUCUGUCAUAACCCCGUGAAGCUGGAAAAGGCUUGAGCCACACCCCUGUGCCACGCAGAGUGACGGAGGAAAAGAACCACAAACUGAGUGAACCCAGUGCCGUCUGUGGGGAGCGCCGAUGGCCUUGCAGGAGGGACGGGAAGAACCUAAAUGUGUAAGGGAAGAGAAGAAGGUUGAUACAGUGGGUGCCGCAGCUGAACCCAGAAGAAGUAGACUUACGGGGGCCUUUUCUGGACAGGCGGCUUUCUGCCACAGACCAGCACAGCACUCCUGACCUGGUGUCUUUCAAGUUUCUUUACCUCCCAGCCAGGGAGUGUGCUUUCUCUCACAUACGGUUGGGCACCAUAUGACAAGCCCCCAGGAUAAGGGCUGUUCUCCUCUCUAGACUGCUUAGCCGCUCUUGGUUUAAUUUUGAACGCAUGUGAGUAUCUCCCUUCCCUUCCCUUCCCCCACUCUUUCUUUCCUUCCUUUUUUUUUUUUUUCAGUUUUAAAUCUGGGUGGAAAAUCCUGUUAGACAGAAAAAAAUUAAUUUACUGUCUUCCACUUAUAAAAUAUAAAGUGGCCUCCCUAGUUCGUCACAUAUGUGAAAAAUAAUCUCUUUUUGAAAGGACUCAAAAAGCACGUCGUUGAUACUUGCCUACAUCGAGAUGUUUCGAUGAUCAAGGCUUUAAAAAUUCAUUUUUAGUCUUUCUUUUUCUAGUAUCUUUUAUGAGAGCCUUACAGGAAAACACUGCCUUCCAUGAAGCAUGGAAAUAGAAUCAUCUUUCAUAUUAAAUCUCAUACGCAGCCCUGCUGCCUCACAAGGACUCUGCAGGACUGCCUCUCAGAGACGGUUAGUGGAAGUGACUUGUAACAACUUCAAGUAGCUCAAAGCUUCCUUUACACUUACUGAAUUUGCAACUCCGACUUGACGGUUUGUAAAGCGUGUAACAUGACUCUUCCCCAUCAGACGUGGCACUUGGUGGCUUAAGGAAACAGACUCGUGUGAGUAGUUUGCAAUUCCACUUUCUUCCUACCUUAGAUAACUGAAGAAGAGCUAGGAAAUCAAAACUGUUAAAUAUUGUCUUGAACUUUAUUUUUCGUAGUCAAAACUGCAUUGGGAAUACAAGGUGAUUUUGUGAGGGGGGAAAAAGUCAGUUCUCACCAUAUGUCCUGAAAGUCCUCAGAGUCCAGGUGUUUCUUCUGGUAUUUUCCUAAGUGUAGUUUGAUGUACCAUAGCUCACCAUGUCUCCUUCUAGAGAUCCCUGCACUAAUGGCAUCGAGGAAGCUUUCAUCCUUGGCUGCUUGCUGUAUCUCCAUACUGGUCACCUUGGACAUCCCUUUCCUUUCUUUCUUUCUUUCUUCCUUUCUUUCUUUCUUUCUUUCUUUCUUUCUUUCUUUCUUUCUUUCUGACGCUCCAAUCGCACACACAAUUAAAACACUACACAUGGCCAUUUAUUUAUGUGCAGAAUUUAGACAUCCACAGAGUCUGCUUUAGGCCCUAGAUAAUACCUCCUCAUAACUGUAUGACCUUGAGAAAGUCUUCGGACUUUUACAAAUCAGUUCCUACUUUAUAAUAUGUGACAUCUAUGAGCACUUCCACACUCUUGGACUGCUAUGAUGUGUUGUUAGUCCUAAUAAAAUGAACUUGGAACUACCAAGGAGGAAAAGAGAAAGGAGGAACUGGAGACGUGGCUUAGUGGGUGAGGGUCACUUGCUACAUUAGCAUGAAGAUCUGAAUUUGAAUCCCAAGCCCCGCCAUUAGAAGUCCGGAAUGCCAGCUUGUGUGAGUUUAUAACCUCAGUGCUGGAGAAGGUGCAGAUGGGAGAAUCCUUGUAACUCUGGUCACCUGGCUAGCGCCAUGAGAGACCCUGCAUGGUGGUCUGAACAUGCUUGGCCCAGGGAGUGGCACUGUUAGGAACUGUGGCAAUGUCAGAGUAGGUGUGACCAUGUUGGAGGAAGUGUGUCACUGGGUAGGCAGGCUUUGAGGUCCUAUUGUGGAGUACCACCAAUGGAAAAGAGACUACACUUCCUGGUUGCUUGUAGAAGAUGCGGUCUUCUCCUGGCUGCCUUUAGAUCAGGACAUAGAACUUUCAGCUCCUCCAGCUCCCAUGCUUCCUGCUGUGAUGAUAAUGGACAGAAGCUGUAAGCCAGCCCCAACUAAAUGUUGUCUUUUAUAAGAGUUGCCUUGGUCAUGGUGUUUCUUCACAGCCAUGGUAACCCUAACUAAGACACCUUGCCUCAAGGGAAUAAGGUGGUCAGUGACAGAGUAGGACACCCAGCACCUUCCUCUAACCUCCUCAUGCAUGGGCCCAUAUGCCUGAACACACAUUUCAUAGCAUAUAUCACAUGCCAGGAUGUUUGAUUAAAAUAAAACAAAGGGAAGACAUGCAAAGUGCACAGCCAAGUACCAGGCACUUGGUAAAAGCAGCGGUAAAACGUAUGAUUACCUCCUUUUAUUUACUUAUUAGAAGGGGGCAUUUAAAGUUAGGUCCUGUAGAACGCCAAGUAACAUUCUCACAGACUCAACAAGUUGUUUGUAAAAGAUGGCUUCCCAUCUGGAGCGGUGGCUCAGCAGUUAAGAGGGUUUGUCGGACUUGGAGGGUACCCAACUUCAGUUCCUAGCACCCCUAGUUCAUUCCUCAACUCCUGGAGAGUUUACACCUAGUCUGGACUCCAGGGCCAACACUAUUCCCUUGCACACACACCCCUGCAGAAAAACACACAUACACGUGAUUAAAAAUAGGAUCGUUUUUUAAACACGGAUCUCCUGUGGAACCUGGAAGUUGUCCGUUAUUGUUGUCCGUUAUUAGGAUGUGUAGUGGUAACCUGCUGGUAAUGAUCAUGUCAGCUGACAGAACUUAGCAGGUAGCACCCAGCCCUGGUGCUUGGUUUUCUAGUUUGAAUUCUCUGUAGCCAUAAGGUAUUAGUGUUGCAUGAUAUAGAUCAGGAGACUGAGAUAAGGAACAGUUGAUAUCUUUCCCGUGGUGCUGUAGUCAGUGAAGAGAGCUAUGUGUGAUACAGUACCACUUGUGUCUGGACCACUUUAAGUUACUGACUGGGACCUAAUAUGAUACUGAAGGUCUCAUUUAAAUUCUCAAAUGAAGAAAGGAUUUUAGUUUCCUUUGUAUUUCUGUGAUAAAACACCAUGGCCAAAAGCAACUUAGAGAGGGAAGUGUCAUUUUGGCUGAUACUUCCUAAUCACAGUCCAUCAGUGAGGGAAGCCAGGACAGGAACGAAAGCAGAGAGCUGGGCGGAAUGCUGCUUUCUUAAUUGACCCCCACUGCUCACUCAGUUUGCUUUCCUACACUUCCCAAGAUCACCAGCCCACAGAUAGAACCGGGCUUCUCACCCCCAAAUCAAUCAUCAAUCAAGAAAAUGUCCCCAAAGACUUGCCUACAGACCAGUCUGAUAGAGCCAGUGUCUCAAUUAAGGUUGCUUCUUUACAGUUGACUCUGUCUUGUGUCAAGAUGACAAAAAACCUAACCAGUACAGUAAAUAAGAUAGUAAGAAUCCACUACACACAAACACACACACACACACACACACACACACACACACACUGCAUUUAUUACCAUAUAUAGAGAGAUUUUUGUCCAUGGAGUGAGCUCCCUACUUUAAAGUUAUAACCAUCAUUAACAUAUAUAAUAUUUUAUGUCUAUAUGUAUGUAGCAUGUGUGUAUAUGUUCAUGUUUGUGUGUGUGUGUGUGUGUGUGUGUGUGUGUGUGUGUGUGUGUGUGUCCUGCCAACACUUUAAUUGCUAAGCCAUUUCUUCAGGCCCUGAAAAAUAAUGGUUCACUCUUCAGGUAUCUAUUAGAAAUCUACAUUGUGUAAGUAGACUAAGCCUUGGUCUAAAGAUCAACUCUUGACAUGUGACUUUUGACAAUGCUGUCAAUAAUUUUCUCAGUAGCAGAUUAUAUCUGCUAGUCUGUUCUAGAAAUUAUCAUUCCUGUGCUUGACAUUGUCCAGACAGAUCUUCUCAGUCCGCGUGGCUGGGCAUUAUUGAAUGACUUCUGUACUGUAUUGCGAUUCUAAUAGGCUGUAGUUCUAUACAACUCUUUAGUGGUCCUUCAGUGGACUCUGCUAACUUUUACACAGCCGUGAGUUCCCCGAAAUCCACUUGAUAUUUUUUUAAUUGAUCACUCUGUUGUCUGCUGAGUUGGCUAAGCAGUAGACUUUGGCCUUUCUCAAAGGGGACAUUCUUACAAUUUCACUUUAAAUUAACAGUUUAUAGUAAUAUUUGAAGAUGUUGCUUGGACUCAUUAUUUAAAGAAAUGAAAUCGUAUCAUUUGUAAAUUCCGUACCAGAGUGCGAAAGUGGAAAAAGGCAGCAUAAAAAUUUGAAAUCUUGAGAAAUGAACAAGAAUUCUAUGGGAAACCUAAGUAGAGAAGAGAAGGAUCUCAUUCAGUGAAGUAGUUCACCACCCAACAGGUUAAACAGCUUGACAUAGCAGCCCAUUACUACGGUCCUUUCGAGAAUAUUAUAUGUGGCAUUUCAAGAAUGGGUACACAUAGCCUCAGUGUCCUUCUUAAGCCAAGAAUAACAUUUCUUCAUUUACUUCCCACAUGAAACUAUGCCACCCAGGACAUAAUUAAUGACUGGAAAUCUUAAGACAAAAGAAAGUAGCUCACUCCUAAGUGUAUAGUGGAUAUUCUCUGAAAAAGUUAUUGACAGAAAAGACCAGAGACCCAAAUUCUAACAGUAGAAUAGAUUCCUACAGUUAACUAGAAGUCAGUAUUCAGUGUUCGAGGCAGGCAUUGGUAAGAUUUCUGUCUCCACGGUUCCCUCAUGGAUUUUACAGACUAUGCUUUAUAUCCCUCAGUAACUUCUCUAUAUUAUUUAGUUUGUUUUUUCUGGACUUUUCUAACCAUUCCCCCUUCCACUUCCUUUCCUUCUCUGUACUUGCCUGUCUUCUUUGCACAUCUCUCUGCUAAAAGUAAAAGUGGAUAUUGCUCUAAAUCUGUCACAGGAUAAUAGAACGGAUACAGAUCAACUAUACCCCUUCCCAUAUCCAAGGGAAAAGAAAUCAAGAUCCAAGUUGUUGCCACAAAUCUGUGGGGUCAGCUAUACAUACUUCUCUGUGCCUUAAGUUAUCAGAGAAUAAAGAAAUCAUUUGAAUUAUCUUUCAGAUUUAAUAUCCACCAUACCAAGGUAGUUAUUCCAAGACGUGUACCAGUUGCACCUUGGCCAUGUCUGAACACAUAUGUGCAUACACAUGUACGGAUGGACACACUCAAAAGUACAACUCAAACUGCAAAGUCCUGCAAGCAUGCGCUUUCUUCUCUCUCCUCCCUCUUUUCCUCACCCCCACUCUCUCUCUCUCCUUCCUUCACCCUUUCUCUUCCUGAUUCUCCUAACUUUGGUUCACCUCAAACAGAAGGCUUUGGGUGUUUUUUUAAAGUAACUUUGGUUCAUAACUUUUUCAGAUGCCGGGUGCUCCAUCGACUCCUGUUAAUGUGAAGUGAGGGUAUUAAACCUUUCUAAAAUAUAUUAUCUCAUUGAUAUUAAAAGCCUACAACUUCUGGGCUCUUAUUCUAGACUGGCUGCUCAGAUAAAACAUGAGCUGACUGAGUUGCUUCGAGGUGGUGAGCCAGAGUGUUGGUAUGAAUUGCAGUGUUUCCAUAAAUAUUUCCAGACACAGACAGGUGGAUGCAACCGGAAAGACCUGAACAAAUCCUCGGGAUGCCGGUAUUGUCACAGGGUCCCCAUGCAGAAUGAAGUUGUGUGACAAAGUGUUUCCCUGGUGAUUUGGCUGCAGAUGAAAAUGUCUUCGGCAAUAAAAUUCUGUGCUUAAGUCUCAGCCCUGGGCACUCAUCACUCAGCGCCUGACACAUCAAGGAUCUUUUUCGCUGGAUUAGUUAAUAUGUUGGCAGAAAUAUGAGAAACAUUGUCAUUCCCUCAAUUUCAGUGCGUGGAUUUACCCCCUACCUUUAAACACAUUAAUUUUUAACAAAAUAUUUUGCAAUCCACAAAUCCACCGUUAAUCCAUAGGAGUGUCUUAGAACAGAGAUUAGGAGUGUGUUACUGUGAGGGUCUUCUGCAUCACCAACACUGGGACACAUGUAACUGUAACAACCAUUGGACGAGCCUUUGGGGGAAAUUUAAAGGCUGGUUAGGCAAUUAGCGGUGAGGCCGGUAGUAAUUAUAGUAGCUGGACGAACUGCUCAUGGCUUAUGGAUUAAUACAUUAUUAUUUAACAGGUCAACGUCUCACAUGAUUUUAAUCGCACUUCGUAUUGUGGGCACACCUUUAUUAGCAGUGGUGUUUUAUAACUUAAUAAAUUUUCUAUAAUGAGUUCAGAAGUUCUAUUUGCAUAAUGCUAAAGAAAUAAUGUACCCCGUACAUUACCGCUCACAAGCGGGGGACAGUCCUUGAGGAUCCCAAGCAGAGAACUGUCCGAGAUAAUUCUGCAUUAAAGACACUUACAAUAACGAGAUCAUUUUACACUGCAUCCUAUUAUUUCUGGUGGUGACAAGCCUGGAUUUCACAAAGUCACUAAGAAAACGGGACAGGGAUGGAGAGGACAGUGAACCACAGGAAUUUCACACGUUUAAUAAGCUUGAAUUAUCCACUUAUUAAGUUGUAAAAACCAUCAGGUGCUGGAGUUGAAGACUGCCAUGCCGUCCUUUACCCCUUCCUUCCCGCCACAGUUCCCUGUAUGUCAAGAGCUAUCAGAUAGACUGGUUUGAGCUGUGUUUAUUUUAGUGGAAUUUGUGUUUUCUUUAGCUUGGGGAUUUGCAAGCCCCACCCAUGCAUCCUCACCUCUGGCUGCAUCCAUUGCCCUCUCAAGAACCCCGUUCCCUGAUGGCUUCUCCGAGAACUAGCUUCCUGUGAGAACACCCCUCAUCCCCUGUCCUCUCGUGGAAAGGAGAAACUAACGUGCAAAGAUUGACAGUUUUACUGCAAGUGCUGUGCUAGUUCAGGCGUGUCCUGUUCAUGAAGGUUUUAUUUUAGAUCAUAGACCCACUGGGGCCUCAGUUCUGCAAAGUCUUUUGAGGCCAUGGUGUGAUUCUGGAGCAGAAUUAGACCAGGGUGAUCAUCUGCAUAAGCCUCAAGGAGGUUAACAAGCAUGAAGUCAAACCAAACCAAAGUAAAGAAGAAAAAUGCUAUGGUGAGAGGGCCUUGGAAGCCCUACUGAGGUUAUUUCCUGAUGUGCUGGCGUACAUCAGGAGCUCCCAAGGGAGGGCCUCCAGCAUUCUUCAAUUGCCCAAAGUUGCUGACCAAAGAGCCCUUUAUGGAGUCACAUGUAAACAUGGUAAAACGCAAAUAUGAGUCAAAAUAUAGGACAUAUUUAAAAAUAGGUGGUCCCCCUGUUGUGGCUACCACACUCAUUUUAUCAGGGUAGAAACAAUCAUAGAUGCUGAAGGGAUUUUCAAGCUGUGAAAGUACCACAGGAAGUAAGGCCCCUCCUCUUCUCUGAUGUCUUUGUUUGUUUGUUAACAGAGCCGGGAGGAAACUGUAUACUGAGCCGCGGUUGUUGAGUGAGGGUAUCUGAACACCUUUCUUUCUGUCUCUUUAGUCUUCCUACUCUACUCUCCUCUACCAGAAAAGGCACUUUUUUCUUUGUCUUCCUGUUCUUUCUUAAUGUUUAUUUAUUUAUUAAUUUAUUCAGUCAGUCAGUCAGUCAGUCGGUCAGUCUGUUAGUCGGUCAGUCAUUGGAUAUAUGAUGCUAACUGAAGAAAAUUUUUUAUGGCCUGUGGCUGACCUGAGUUCUCAUUUCAAGGACUUUUACUGGUAACAUAUGCUGUUUCCGUUGUUUUAAAAGUGUGUGUGCAUGUGUGUGUAUGUGCACACACACAUGCACACACACACACACACACACACACACACACACGAGCCUGUGUCUCUCUGUUAUGCAAAUGUUUGCACCUAUGUGUAAGUGAGUGUAGAAGCUAGGGGUUGAAGCGGGGUGUCCCCCUCAAUCACUUUUUCAUAUUAUUUUCUGAGGCAGUGCUUAUCACUUAACCUGGAUCUUGCCUUUCGGACAGACUGACUGGCCAGUUUGUCUGCACAAUAUUCCUGUCUCCAUCCUCCUAGUGCUGGGGUUACAGGUUCGUAUCUUCCCUGCCUGGCUUUUUAUAUUUGUGCUAGGAUUCCGAACCUGUGCUUUACAACACAGGUUCUUUCAUUAAGCAUUGAGGUAGCUGUUUGUGCUAGCUUCUAAAUGAUUGACACCAGUUAUUACAAUAGCUAUUACGAGGUUUUUAAUAUAUUAAUGUAGCCCGACAAUUGUCUUUAUGUUUGCUGUUUUGGACACUCGACUUCUAGAUCAGUCUAGGCUUUUAACCGAAAGCCACUGGGGAGCUAAUUUUUGCUGCACAGAUAGUUAGAGCCACAUCCUUAGCAACCGAACUUUAGCAUAACCUCCUCCAUUUCUCUCUGCAGCUAGUUCAUGGUCACAGGAACGUUUUCACGAAAUGAACAGUUUGGGGUGCUGAAAAGGUGCUGUUUUUAUUUCACACAGAGUCAAGACUGAAUUUCCACAUGGUUUGAUUCAGCACUGCCAAGUCUGCUUCUGGUCUCCGGGAUAGUUUGUUGUAAUUUAUCUAUCAUGUUUUAGGUGUGUGAAGUAAAGAGAACCUAGUGCUUAGGUUGUUACUUAGUGGUAAGGCAUGUGUGAGGUCCUGCCUUCCAUCUUUAGCACUUUGGGAGUGGGGGAAGUAAAGAAAACAGAGAAAGAGGAGAAGGAGAGAGGGGAAGAGGGAGGGGAGAGAAACAGAGACAGAGAGAGACACACACAGAGAGAAUAGUGUUCCUUCAUUACUCGUUUAUUCGAUGUUUAUGGUACCCAUUGUUUUCCCUUGGAAACAGUAGAGAAUAAAAACAGCACUUGCCAUCAUAAAGUGUGAAUUCUGCUGGGACGUAAGAGUAAAUGAACGCAUGCACAGCAUGUUAGAUGGUGAUGAAGGUAGGAGAAGAGGAUUGCUAACUAAUACUCAGUGAUGGGAAGGCCUCGGAGACCCCCAAGGAAAUGCAGAAACAUAGCAGAAGGAUGCUUCCUGGCAACAAGUGCUCCCACCCAAGGAAAAGCAGGCCGGCACCUACAGAGGGAGCUGUGGGAUAAAGCAGGAAGGAGCUCGAACAGGUGGCUUUGAACAGAGAGCAUUAGAGCUAGGAGGUCUCCUGUACCACUGCAAAGAUUUUAGCCACCUUCCUGGAAGAGGCAGGAAGCAAUUCACAUAUUUCAAGGCGUGGCUAAUUUCUAUCUGAAAGAAAGAAAGAAAGAAAGAAAGAAAGAAAGAAAGAAAGAAAGAAAGAAAGAAAGAAAGAAAGAGAGAGAGAAAGAAAGACCUGCUACAAGCAGGUUAGAAGGAAGGAGCGAAAACAAAUCGGAGGAAAUUGAAAUCAUCAAGGCAGGAACAGCAGCUGAGAUGAGACUUACAAAGCUCUAGGCCUGUGUUUAAAAGGGGAGGCUGACAGAAUCUGCCAGCGGGUUCCGUGUGGGAUGGGACAGGAGGACAGGCGCCAGGGGUGACUUUGCUACAUGAGCGAUUUCCAGCCUGAAGUAGGCCUUGCUAAUUUGGGGGCUUCUGGGAGGGAAACAGAUUUGAAGGAGGGGGCAGCAAGGAACGGCUAAGGGUAAGCUGCCUCCAGACAUCCAAGUGGAGACACUCAGUAGGCGGGUGGCUGCAGGAGUCUGGGGGCGGCCUUGAGAUCUUGGCUGGAGACUGAGAUGUGUUGGUUGCUAGUCAUGAAUCUGGAGGAGAACAUGUAGGGAGUGAGUGUAAAGACAAGGAGACAUCCACACACUGAGCCCCCAGGCGCCCUGGAGAGGGAGUCUGGCACAAAAAACCAGGAGGAGCCACUAGUGAUGGAGCAAGACCAACAGAAGGUAGUGCUCAGGAAGCCUGGCAACCUCAGCAUCUCUAGAAUGGGGACGUUGUCUGCUCGUCCUGGUCAGACUGAGCUAGGAUUAGAGCUGCCUAGAAUUGGAGAUGCAGCAGGCUUAUUCAGGCCUGGGCCUUGGCCUUGGUGAUGUCAUGGUCCUGCUGGCUCAGUUGAGACAGAUUUAGGCUUGCUCCAUGUACAGACAAAUGCCAGUUGCUGGAAAUGGGGGCCGCUGAGCAUUUCGCAGGGUGGCCAUAGAGAGUCUGUAUGAAUGGAAAUGCCCAGCUGAGGGAAAUCAGAUGGAUGCUGUGGGGCACAGGGCAGCUGUUCCCACAGUAGCGUCAAAUGCCAGAGUCAGAAUUCAAAGCAGCUGGGACUACGGGCACAUACCAUCAUGCCUGACUAAGGGACUAGGAUCCUGAAUACAGUGAAGGGACUCCCCUUGGCUUCUGAGACUCAUCCAGAGCCAAGGAAAAGAAGGCAACAGCACUGGGACUAACACGCAGGGCUGGAGAUUGCUGCCUGGACCAGGUGACAGCUUCCUCUAAUGGAAUUAAGUUUCUUCUUUUCUGCCUGCUGCUAAGAGUACCUUUGCUACCUCUGGGCAAUAGCCUCAGUGUUCAGUAAAAUAGGAUUCAUGAGGAGAGACAAAAGGGAGAAUGGAGUGGGAAGUACAGAUCUAGAAAUGUCUAUAAAAUAACUGGUUAACAGAGGAAGAGGGAAGAGAGUGAGACAGGCAGGCAGACAGACAGACAGACAGACUGACAAACAGAAUGGCUGAGCUGAAGAAGUAAAUUCAGAUGGCAAACGUUCGAAGGCUCUGGAUGAGAAUCCGAGCCGGUCUCUCUUCUUCUUACUCCGUCACGAGAAGUUAGCCAGAAUAUUCUCAAAAGCACUUGAUUUCCAGCAUUAAAUACAGCGCCGUGUGUGCAUCCGCUCCCCUGUCACUGGUCGUCACUGUUGCUUUCAGUUGCAGGUCAUUAUAGGCAGAGCUGCCCUGGCUAAUCUUUUUCUGGAUGUACAUUUUCCAAACUAGUUGUUCCACAUAAAUAACCAGGCAAAAGCAUCCCUUCAUUAGCUGGAAAGUAACAAACAGAAAGGAAAAUCAAAGUAACAAUUCAUAACCAUGACUUAGUCUCGGCCAAUAACAGAGCCCAGCAAACCCUUGAUAACGUCUGUGGAUUCAGUGCCUCCAAAUAUUCCGUGAGAGACGUAAGGCGUCUCUGAGCCUCAUUUCCAAAUUUCACACGCUUCGACCUGGGGCAUUCUACCACACGGUAACAAAAACCACAUCUCUGCACGUGUUUGUUCUAUCUAGGAGUUGAGCACCAUUUAAUGCAGAGGAUGCAGUGAAGACAUUUAAAGCAUAAGGUGCAGGGGCAACAAGGCCAGGUUUCUGUGAAGCACUCAGUUGUGUGUGAAAAUCGUUUGCAAGAAAUAAAACACUGGAAGGUGAUACAGAAUUUCCUCCACUUUUUAAUAUAAAGAAUUGCACAGUUAGGAACAACUCCCAUCUGCUUUAAAUACAACGUAAACUACGAGAUGCAAUUGAUGGGUUUAAGGAAACAUGCUUGCACAUCCACUGUUUGGAUUGCUCUCACAUAAGCCUCUAUUACUUUUGCAGAACUACUGGGGAAGAGGUGGGGAGGAUUUCCUCCCAUGAGACAAGAGCAAAAGUCCCGAUGCCAUCUUGCACUCAGCCUUGUCUCUAAUGGAAUUUAAGUUGCUGCCUGUCUCGCCCCGGUCACUUCCUGGCUUCCUGGCAGCAUGGUGCCAGCACUGCGUGGUGAAAGGUGUGCAUGGGCACAGACGGCAAAGUUGUAGUUCACUUGCUUGGAGCCACCUGAUAAAUAGAGGAUGCUAGGAAAGACAGAUUGAGAAAUCGUGUGAGAUCCCAUACUGUUGUCAUCUGUCUUUUGGGUUAAUGAGAGUCAGGAGUGGGGAGGAGAAAACCAGUUGGAGACGCCUUGAACCAGGUGGCAGUCGGUGGUUGGUAUCGAUGUCCAGUUGCUUUCGGUGCCCUGGGGUCACUGCCCACCUAGGAAUGGAUGCCUUCUCACUGCCCGUGUAUAGCUUUUACUGAAGAUAAGGAACGAAUCUAAGCAUAGCCCAUAAGAUUCUGGGGUUGAGAAGUUAGUGGUCCAUUAGGCCAUUCCCUUAUAUACCCUUGAAAGUCCCUCCCACCCCCCACCCUACUGUUACCCUAUUUCUGCUUGCAUGCUUCCAGAACAGGAGACUUACUAAGCAUAUUCGCUGUAUAUUCAUGUGCUUUCUAGGACAUUCACCAAGAAACCUUAUCAGAUCAUUGGUUUCCUUAACCAAGCGAAAGGAUCUAAAACCAAUCCAUGCCCUUGGGCAGCUUCAAGAUAUCGGCUUUUGGUUGGUUGGUUUUCUUUGUUUCAUCCCCAGAUGAAGACAUCAUGUGAUAGAUACCAGAAGCAUUUUGGUUCCUUUCAUUUUAGGCAUUCUUCCUACCUGGUGACCACGGUAUCUUCAGUAGCUUUGACAUACCUGACACUGGUUUUCAGACAUGCCCUCGUAUUUGGCAUAUUCUCUUCAUAGCUUUAAAAUGUAUGUGGCAUGAAUACAUACAUACAUAUAUACAUUCAUAUAUGCAUGCAUGCAUAUAUACAUACAUACAUGCGUACACACACAUACACAGGAAAACACUAUGCACACAAAAUAAAAAUAAAUCUUUUGGGGGAAAAAAAGAAAUAAGAGCAUAUUGUAAGGGUCUCUGGGGUUUUUAAAGACACUUCAAACUUACUACUAAUAAACCAAGGGUGUUCGCUGCAGGGGAAGGAAAAUCCGAGCUGGUGAGAUCGAAGGGUUUUAAAGGGCUUUGCAACCUUGAUAGUCUCGGAAAGCAAUUUGUUCUCCAUAGUUUAUAGAGAAUGCUAAACCUCGUGUCUUAUUUAUCGUCUGGCAGAAUUUGGUUUGGUGGCUGCUGUUCGUGUAAUAGAGAUACAAAAGGAAAGGGGAUAAAAAAAUCAAAGGCAGUCCUCAUUGUCUUUGGAAGACAGUGAUAGGCUGUAGAGAUGAACUUUUGAUGAGUCCGGGGAGUGUGACAGACAUUAGCAGAGAAUGCUUUUCCACAGCCCUCUCUUAGGGUAGGUAGGACUCCGGGACUGAAGUGGGAACCGGAAGUACCAAGGUGGGAACCGGAAGCGUCAAGGCGGGAACCGGAAGUGUCAGGGUCAAGGAAGGAAUCAUGGGCUCCCAGUGGGCCAUAACUUGGGGCAUUUCAGGCAAAGCUGGCCGGGCAGUAGUAGCAAGAAACUUAUCUGUGGGUUGUUCCACAGAUGACAAAAUCUCAAAAUCAAUCUCUCUCUCUCUCUCUCUCUCUCUCUCUCUCUCUCUCUCUCUCUCCCCCUCCCCCUCCCUCCUAUCCUUGGAACAUUGCACAAAUUAAAUCAGUGUUUUUGUUUUUAAAUCAAAAGGGCAAAAAUAAGGCGAGCUGUGAUUAGUACUGGUAGGCUGUCUGGAAUGAGGAGGUGUUCUAGGGCACAAGGUCGGGGUCCUGACGCAGUAAAGCACAGUUUUCCCUUUGGGGGGUGGGGGGACUCUGCUUUGUUUGCUCUUACUGUGCGGCUCAUAGCAACAACUAACCCAAGGUCCUAAUGGUGACCACCACUGGGUAGUGGCACUCUGAACUGUCACCGCAUGCUGACCAUGGUCACAGGACCCCAUUACGGGCACCCCAGCUCAUUCCUGGCUUAAAUUCCCUCUGAACCACCAGGCACUGGCCUCACUACCACCAACUGUAGCUCUCUUAUAAGAAGCUUGCCUCUGAUCCUCCCGCGAACACCACAGUUUUCUUUGUAAUGGCUGAAUUAAUCAUCAGAAAUAAUUUGCUGGCAGCCAGUUGGAUGUUAAUUGUGAGUGGAAAUAUAGGGCUCCUUAAAUAAGAAUGUGUUUAUUGUUGUUGGGUAAAAAAGCAAAUAACUGAAACAGAAGGAAAAAGGGGGGUGGUUUUUGUUGUUGUUGGUUUUUUUGUUUUGUUUUUUUUUUUAGCUAAAAGGGAUAACACGUUGAGUUCAUUAGACGGGAGAUGAAACUAUUGAACCCAUGAUAUGAAGAAGGGCUUAAAGGGCCUGUUAAAUAAUUAUUACUUCCUGGUAAAGAAGGGAUCCAGUUUGGGAUAUUUCGAUGCAAAGCAAAAAUCUGGUGCUGAUUAAAUGGGAGAUGGCACAUUUGCAGAAUAUCUGUCUGAUUAUAUCCUAAUUUAACUGCAUACUGUGUCCCAGGUUGGUGAAUCAUUCUAGCAAGUGCUACCGAGGAUGAAUUACUUUCAAUUAAAUGGAUCAUGGCCACUGAAAAAGAAAUCCUGAAACACACCUGUAGCGUGGGCCCAUGCAGGGAGCAAAGCUUCCCAGCACACAAAGGGAUAGAUGGAUUAGGGGUUGGCUAUCUAAAGCUGGCUUUUGGUAUCACCUGAUUCUUUUCUUUUACAUUAAUGAGGCUGGAGGUGAAGGCCAGUAAAGACUUCACAGAUGUGUAUGAUGCAGGUUGUAUGUUACUGACUCUGUUAGAACAAGCGCGGGGGCCAGCAGACCCUCGGUCAUUGGGAGGCUGGUUCACAUCCAUUGUGAAACUACUUUUAAAAACAAAGAAGCAGAAAAUGACUAGAUAUUACUAAGAAAGCAGAAAAUUAAGGAGAAAACCCCUAAAACGUCCUAAUCAAUUCACACGGGGGAAUGGGCUGGAUAGCUCAGGAGAAAAGCAAGAUUCCAAGCCCACAUUGUAGAGCAAUCUUUAAUUAACAAGUCAACAAAGACACUGAAAAACCUUUUGACGUGUCCCACCUCCAAUGUGUUCCUUCUCUCAACAUUAAGUGAUAUAUAAUUUCUUAUUAAAUAGCCAGCUGGUAAAAAAUAAUGUAAGGGCUUGUCUAUUACCAUCCAGUCAGCAUCCAUCAGGUUAGCUUGGCUGGUGGAAACAUGCACUUCCUUUUAGGUUUUGCUUGAAGUACAGCAAGGUGGCAACUCCCCAGUUCUGCGAGUGGCUCAUGGACCAUUCUUGGCGAACACCAUCCCUGGGGAAGUUUUCCACAGAGACAUCCACAGGUGUCUACACGCGGCAGCAUCCCGGCAGGCAGGCUGUGAACCAGGAGGCAACGAUGCGCUAAUGAUUCGAUCAACACCCCCCCGAAACUUUUUCCAGCUAUACUAGGGUUGACUUGCGCAACACGUUUUCUUGUUUCCGAGAUAAGAGUAGUUGAAGCCUAGCGGGAAUUUGAGGGAGGAUUCUACUUAUUAAAUCUAAUUUCUCUUUGCAUGUUACUCAAGCUACUCUCUGCCAUCUUACGGUGCAGCGAGCGGUUCGGUGACCUCGACUCUCCAUCCUAUGAACAGGAGAGGAAACCCAUGUGUCCUGCCGAGUCUCAGUCCUCUGUGUGUCCCAGAUCUGCUGAAGGGAUGCUCUGCCGUAGCAGCCUGGGUCUGCAUCCAGAUGGCCGCGAGACUCUGUUGAAAGGGAUUAAGAAAAAGUAGAACCAAGCAUACGGGGUCGGCUGCGCAGCAUCAGCCGCACCUAGUGCUGUUUGGGAAAUGCAAAUGGCCCCCUUAGUCUGAACAUGCGCAACAGCUAUAAAAGUUCCAGAAUAUGCUAUACUUUGGCAAGUGCCACAUGUCUGUCCUGCUCCUAGGUAUACAAUCUUGUAUAUUUGUUUAUGCGUGCAUGCGUGCGUGCAUGUGUGUGUGUGUGUGUGUGUGUGUGUGUGUGUGUGUGUGUGUGGUAUGUCUGUGUGUUCACACAUGUUUGGGUGCAGGUGUGUGUACAGGAAUGAAGUGCCUGUGUAAAGGCCAGAGGUUGACAUCAGAUGUUGUUGGUUUUUUUCCACGUGGAGAGAUUUAAUGAAGAAACUAGACAAGGGGAAGGGGCGAGAGAAAGAAGAGAAAGAGCAGAGAGAAAAGAGAGAGCGCAUUGUUUUGUUUUGUUUUUCAUUGCUCUCCACUUUAUUUUCUAAGGGAGACUCCACCGUGAACCUGGAGCUCACUGAUUGGUUAGUCUAGGGAGGCAAGUUGCUUUGAGACCCGUCUCCCCCUCUAGAGCCUAGGCGGGCUGCUAGGUCUGCCUAACUCUUAUGUGGGUUCCAAGGAUCCCAGAUCUAGUCCUCGUGUUCGCACAAGUGCCUGAUCCACUGAGUGGUCUCUCAGCCCCUUACCCGUGCACAUUCUGCGGGACAGUGGUGAGCACUCGGUGUGUCACUGCACGGUGGGAACUGUGCCCUGGCCAAGGGGCAAGCAUUUGAGAAACAAAUGGAACUCACUGGACCCCACCCAAGCACAAGAGAAGCUGGAAAGCUAAAAAAGAUUUUUAUUACCUUAAUUCUCUUCUUUAAAUGGAAAAAAAAAAAACCAAAGCCCACCCCCUUUGGAGAAUUUGUUGGAGAAUUUUGAAAGGUCAAACCUUAAGACUCAAUUAAUAAAAUGAAGGAAUUAAUAAAAAGAGAGAAGAGGGAAACUUACAAAUUUGAAGCCAGCUUUGUCAAGCUUCCCAUAUUGAACAUAAGCCAGCAGCCUUUCCGUCCCCUGUAGCUUCCCAGCCCCAAGGUGGAAAGUCAUAUGGGCACAGCGUACCAUAAUUCAUUAUCUUUGUUGUUGAUUAGGGAUGUUCGUCAGGUGUCAACAAAUGCCUUCUCCGCCUGUCUGGUGGAGCUAUUCAUUAAAUCUACAUUUUCUGUAGCCCAAGUGAAAAGCAAAUGUUAAACUUCUUGCACCCAGCUUAGGCUAUUUAACCAGUGAAACAGAAACGUAGCUUCUUUAGAAGAAGGUGGAUUGUGUGUGGCAGUUUGCAGAAGGUUAAAGAAGCCAAGGCAAAUGUAAAAAUUGUCAAAAGUGUCUACCCCAGCGUCUAAGGUCAUGGUCAACAAACUGCUAAUUAAUGUGAAGUCAGGUUCAUGUAUUGAGAUGUUUAAUCAAUUGGCAGAUUGUCGUCAAUAAAUAUGUGUCUUGAGUGGUUUGUAACGGACAGGAUAAUGAAGUAUCCUCUAACUACCGCGGCUAUUGGGAAUAAUCUCCCUCCCUUCUGGGCUCUGGGCCACGCGUGAUCCAUCUCCUUCGAAUUCAGACAAGAUGCCCUUCACUGCUGUUUCCCUUACUUCUGGAUGGAAGAUCCAGAGAGGCAGAAAGUAAAUUUCAUUUUCCUGCCAGCGGUUUGUCAAGCAACAUGAGGCAGAAAGGAGAGUUACUGAUAAUAUUGGUGGUCUUAGUAGUGACCUCGUCUCCUGACCAGUUGCUAUUGCAGCUCUGUACUCAGUACCGUGUGGCUCCCUCUCUUCCCCGAACCUUCCCAGCAUCCCUCAGUCACAAGUACCUUGGUCUCGCCUCUCUCACCCUGGUACAGUUUACAUAGAUAAUAUGCCUGACCGUCCACAUGUAAUGAGUGUAUCAUUGCAUGCACUCAGGAGAUAAAAUGUUGCUCCUGGCUCUACUCAAGAAUUGGGUAAAUACAUGUUUAUAUCUGCAUAGAAAUCCUGGGGGUCUGUCAGCUCUAACUGCAGAUUGUUGGAGACAUGCGGCAUGAAUGACUCCGAUCCUACAGGCAGACAUGCUGUCCGUCACAGGACUUUAAACAAUGGCACACAAUUCUUGGUCCCCAGAGUGAAUAAAACAAAGGCCAGCUUCACCUCAGUUUGCCCACUAUUUGCAUUUCUGAGUAACUAGUUCGUGGGCCACCAUGGGGUAGGAAAUGCUUUGCCUUCGCACGUCAGACAUUUAGACUCUGCUAACUUACAUUCUGAUUCCCAAGCAAUUAGAAGCAGGGUUUUUGGCUGCAUUCAUAUUUAGUGGGACACUGGGAUAUCCUGCAACCUGGAAGGCCACUCAGUGUCUUGCUCCUGAGGGUUCCAGAAAGUCUGCAAAAGACUAUAGCCAUCUUGUGAGACAGGGAGGCUCUGGCAGUUUGAACCUGAAGUGUGUGUGGGGCAUAGGCUCAGGUUUUAAGUGCUUACUCCUCACCUGAUGUGUUUGUGUGACAGGAGCCACCAGAAGGUAGGGCUGAAUGGAAGAAAUGGGUCACAUGCAAUAGACCUUUUAAAGUUGUGUUAUGCUUACCCCCGAAUACUGAUUUGUCCUGUGUGUACUGGUUCACACUGGUGGGGAUGGACCCCACCAACCACUCCUGCUGCUGUGAACUUAGGUGCACUGUGCCUUUUCCACCAGGAUGGAAUGAAGCCCUCUGAAACCCUGAGGUGAACUAAUGCUUCCCUUCUUUAAAGUGCCUAGGUCAGGUGUUGUAAUCAUGGUGAUAGCAACAUUAACGCUUAUAGACACCAGCAACUAAAGGAAGCCUCAGUUCUUUCUCCAAGGCACAAAGGCAAAAAAGGAGUAGAUGCAGAUUCAGGCUAGUGCGGACCUAACCCUCCCUUCCGUCCUCCUGGGUACAUCAAGACAGGCCAUCACUGCCACAGAGGAACCCAGGCGAUUCUGUAGGUCCUCUUGAACAACUACAAGAGCUGAUUAGAGAAUACCACACGCCCACAGUUUAGUAACCUCCAUGCCGGAUUCCCGUAGAUGGUGCCUAGUGCUCCAACCUCCGCAGUACAAUUGUGUUGAAUCCCUUUACCCAAAUCGGGAAGCUCGAUCCUGGCCCUUACUCCACCUCUCCUAGCCUAUGAGAAACUGAUCCCAGUUCCAAAAUCACUGUGACUCCCAGGUAUGAGCUGUUUUCCCUGAUCCCGAGAGCUGGAGCGGACCCUAAUCAGGAGGGAGUGGUUCUACCAUGCAGAUACUGCCCACACACCUCUCCUUCAUCUCCAGCCGCUUGCUCAAACAUUACGUAAGUGAGGAAAAAAAUGUAUCAAACAAUUAAGGUCGUUUUCACUACAUUUGAACCUGUUUAUUUCGCGUGCACACGUAGUGAGUAAGUGGGUAUGUGUGUGCCACAGCCCAGAUGUGGAUGUCAGAGGAUACUUGUGAGAGUGAGUCAGUUCUCUCCUUCCACAGUUUAGGGCAGGUGCCUUUACUUAGCCGUCUUGCAGGCCCUAUUUUGCUCAUUUUCGAGAGUAGGAGAAGGCACUCUCAGAAGGAUAAUGGUGUUGGUUGCCUACAGAUGGCCAUUUCCGGUCCUUUCCAAAAGACACUGAUAACUGCUGAGGCUCAUGCACUGACCUAGGAAUGUACAGUGUGGUUUCCAGUGACUGGGGACCCUGCCUUGCUACCUUCAAUGACUUUGUGGCCAUGUUUAGGAAGAUGGUAAGUUUGCUCUUUUGAGAUUUUUUUCCCAGUUAUAAAAGUGCGUGCCCCAGUGUUUUCAGGAGGCAAGGACUGGUGGGUCUUUUCAUGAGACUAUGAAAGGAUAGACUUAAGGGGACUUGAGAAGGCCCCCAGGGGAUAGGAAAUCAUCAGUAUUGGUAACAGAGUCUGCCUCCUGCCUCAAACAUCACUCACUCCCUCCUAGAAAUAGGAAGGAAAAGUUUCUUUCACCUUCUAUGCAAAGCUUGUGUUGAAAGAAUGUCAGGGUCUACUUCUGCCUGAAUUCCCCCAAGACUCUGCACUUUUCUUUGUUUAUUAUAUUAAUAAAUACCGUGUGGCUAAUGUUCCCAUCUGGCAAGGCUGGGGGGGGGGGGAGCAGCAAAAAAUGAAGCUGCAGUCUCGUCCAAUACGGAUGAAGGUGAUACCCAUUUGGCACAGGAGAAAGGUGGGUCUUCAUUUUAGACUUCUUAAUUAAGAGCCGCCAAGUGACAAAUAUUAAUUAGGGCGCCAGCUGUAUCUUUCAGUUUCAUGGUAUAUUUCUUCUUAUGAACCUGGGACGGGAGCAAGUCGGAGGCUCUUUUAAUCAAUCAGCCUGUGAUCCAGUAUCUGUUGUGUGUACUUUGUGUGCAAAGGACCAGGCUCAGCAGACAGAGAUUUAUAAGGGGCUGUCUCUGCCUCCAGAACCUCCACCUAAUUGUGGCGCGCACGGAGGGCCGCUAAUCCAGAUGGUCAGAGCCUCCCCUGAGCACUAUGAGCAGGAUGAAGAGAAGUGUCAAGUUGAAGGGGCAGGAGAAUCAGAUAACUUUCCUAAGUAGUCAUGACACUGCUCUCAUCUAUGUGGAUAUCUAGUGGGACCCUCAGAGACACAUGAAUACAUUCAUGCAUAUGCAAUGGAAGGGUGCCCUUUUUUUCCUUAACCGGUGUUGAGGGUCACCCAUCAGUCUGCAAAGUUGGAAUUGAGAGGAGAGACUGGGAACCAUGGGCAAAAAUUGUCAAAGGCGAGAACGGGAAUUGUCAAGGUGAGAAGAACUGGCCUCUAAGGGAGUGGGGUUUAGAUUCCCAGUAGGUAGAGAGCAGUAGACAGCUGCCCAGAGCUGAGCAGAGUAAAAAUAAGCCAUGGGGCCAAGAAUGGACAUAAUGGAUCGGUUCUGGGAUGUCAGGUUAGGUCUUCAGUCUCUCCUCUAGUACUGCUGACACACGACUCGCACAUCAGCAUAUGAGUUCCACACAGAAGCACACACCACCUAGCACCCUCAUCAGGGGAUUCAGGGUAUUGUGCACACCUGCCCUGAUCACUCAGCUUGCUGAUAAAAAAAAAAAUAGUGCCUAGAACACUAUUGAGGUACCGGAAAUCCUGGGUCUACAUCCUGGAGCCCUAAGUCUCUUUUGACAUCGAUUUAUCAAGAUACACUGAAUUCUAGUUUGGGGAAUCACUAGUAACUGAAGGGGGUAUGACGUAACUAACCCCAAACCCCACCCCCAAUUCCACUUUUAUGUCUGUAGAGUGUUUAUGGUCACAAGGCUUUUCCCAAGCCGGAUGAAUGAAUUACUGUGCAGCUUUCUAGCAAUUUUAUACCUGGUUGACCAGUUCGUUGAGUUCUAUCUAUCCAUUUUCAGAUCUCUUAAGCCGCCACUAGCAUGCCCUGGGUCAUUUCCCGCAGUGAUCUGAGUCUGGAAACCUGCAGCUUUCCACGAACCUUCACAGACUUGCCUGAGUCCUUGUACCUACCGUCUCUUGUAGAGUACUUAAAAGUACUCUCUCAAGGGACCUUUACCUUUGAGCCUCAGGCAGGGUCACGUAUGAAGGCUUAGCCUUUAUAGACUUGGAUUCAUCCUGGGGAGCUGAGUUUGAUACACGUUUCUUUCCUCAACCUCUGCUGUUGUAGUUUUGGGGUUUCUGUAUUUAUUUUCAUUGAGUACCAGCUUUUCAAGAAGGUUAUACCCGUGUGUAACUGUAGGAACUGUCUCCAGCCUUCACUUUAAGCCUUUUAAAUCUAAACUUCUGAAGCUCCGAACUUCCAGACAUCUGAGGGUGCACACUUGGUGCCAUGGCUGUGACUUGCUUGGAUGUAAACGCAGAAAAAGUUUCAUUCAGAGAAGAAGCCGUGAGAGCCAUGGGUCUAUAGUGCCUUUUUAAAUUGCACUCAGUGUGAGUGUAGGGAGGCUGGGGGAAUGCCACAGUGUGCACGUGGGAGUCAGCUCUCUCCUCCCAUCGUCUUGGCAGACGGACACUUCUUCUAAUGUUAGAAUUUGAAGAGUUGCACUACCCUCCUGUCACUGUCCUCAACCUAGAAUAGAAUGUAUCCAGUGGCCAACGUGGAUGGCCUCUGGUGAAAGGGAAAAGAAUAGAAACACUCCUCCUUUCUCCUCCAAGGAGGUCUGCAGGGUGGUAAGAGCCAUCUGUCCAGGGAGAGGGGCUGUUCAGGUUGUGUUUAAAGAGAUGUGGAAAUGGUAAUAAAGGCUUCUCCACCGCUUUUCUGUCAUGUGUCUCAGGGAGAACACAUUGUAACAAGAACGUGCCAUUCUUGAAACAUGCUUGCCUGCAUACAUUUCAGUUCAUUGACGGAGGUUGCCUGCAGAAUCUGCCCUAAAAUGUUAGCCACAGUGGAGUGACAGGAUCUUGGAUGCCUCUAGGUGCUGUUUUCUUAUUGUUAAUAUUUUAACUACUUCUCUGGCACCCUGGCAAACAGAGGCGAAGAGCAGUCCAAUGAAAACUAACUCUAUUUGCUGUCUGGCGGUGACAAACUCAGGCCCCUGUGCCCAGUUACAGCUACGGGGUCUACUGGUGUUUGUAGCCAAAGGGCUGAUGCUGGGCAUGAAUCCAUGAGGGCUCCGUGCCUUUGUGCUGGCCAGUGAUCUCCAAGCCAUUGCAGUGGUGUGGUCCCCCUGGGUAAUCGCAGCCUACCUACAAGCAGUUCCAAGAGCACAAGGCACAGAGGCGUAUGGAAAUUUUACUCUCAUACUAAAUGAAUGCUUCAUAUUGGCUUUUUAAAAGGGAGGGAGGGAGGGAAGAAGGAAGGAAGGAAACAUUCCAGUUUUCCUUUGCUGACCUGCCUUUUGGAGUUGGUGUCUUUUGAAGCAGCCAGAGCAGGGAAGACCAGUCGUAUGAGCAGAGCAGGGCUUGCAAGUGUGAGCUAUAGGCAAGGCAAUGAUGCUUUCAGAAACAUUAUUCUUGGAGCUGAAUUGAGCAAAGAGUUAUUACUGCCGGGAAAAAAUAUAUACCCAGCAACGCAUUGUUAAUACUCUCAGAUUUGGGCCCGGAGAACUGUACUGUGAAUGGAGUGGGAGAUAAAUAGAGAGGAAAAUGGCAAAUUAAGGGGACAAAUAACCAGGAAAAAAAGGGGGGAGAAGAGGGAAGACUGCCUGCUGGCAUCAGCAGAGGAGAGCACAUAACCAGUGUCUGAUGCAUUUCCUUAGGAAGCUGUGCGUUUGCAAAUCACUGCAGAACAUCUCAGCAGAAUGGAAUCUGGGUAACGAAGAGCUGACUAGCACGUAGAGCUGGAUAAAUUCCCCCAGUACUCCUGAAAUAUAACAGAGCAAGGAACAGUAUAAUGAAAAAUAACAGAGAGAGUAGCUAGGGGCUUAACUUAUGAUCAGUGUUCAUUACAACAAAUGACACUUUCACUGCGGAGUUACCAUAAAGAUUAUUGACUCUUACAUAAUGUGAGUCCCUUCUGAAUAGAUUCUAGAACAGCUCGGCCUGUGAAUGGGAGGACUGAAGCGAGAGGACGACUGAAGAUGGACCCAGUCCCCUCCUCAUGUUUUCAAUUAGUCCUGGCCUGAUGCCCAUUCAGGACCCUGGACAGAGCCUUCCGCACAGUGGAUUGCCAGAGUGCCUUUAGCACUAACUAGGGUGGUUUUGUAGUACUAAGAGGAGCCUCAAAGAGUGACUGAACUUGUCGGGUGUUUUACUUCCAAGGACCUUCUGUGUAUUCUCCACCGUUUCCUAUUUUCCUCAGGCAUACAUAAUACAACAUCUUUUAAAAUAUCUCUCUGGAAAGAAACUAUGUUUUGUGUUAAAACUUGGUGCAGACGAACAUAAGGGAUCUUUGCAAGUCUGUGGUCUCGCCCAAGUUUAGAAUGGACAACCCCAGUUCUGAGUACAGUGUUCAGCAGCCCGGAUUUCCAGUACCUGUCUAGUGUCUGCUAAUUUCUCAGUACUUGGUGUUAUUUCAUCCUCGUGACCACCCCUCGAGACAUGUUCUGUUAACCUCAAGCCUAGUUUACAGAUGAGAAAGACUUCAUCUUUAGAUAUAUACUGGGUUUUUUUUUUAAGAUUUAUUUAUUUUAUUUAUAUGAUUACACUGUAGUUGGCUUCAGGCACACCAGAAUAGGGCAUCAGAUUCCAUUACAAGUGAUUGUGAGCCACCAUGUGAUUGCUGGGAAUUGAACUCAGGACCUCUGGAAGAGCAGUCAGUGUUCGUAACCACUGAGCCAUCUCUCCAGCCCUAGAUAUAUACUGUUGAUCUCAAGCCUAGUUUGCAGAUGAGAAAGACCUCUCAGGUUGAGUGACUUGUUCAAGGUUACCCAGUCACCAAGAAUUAUAGAUGACUUUCAGAAUAGCUUCUUCGAGUCUUCUGUAAAUUAGUUUCCAUACAAUGCUGAACGUGGAAAUGUCAUAUCCCCUGGCCUCUUCUCUCUCAAAGCAUACAGUGUACUAAGUAUAUAUAGGCUCUCUGCUUCAAGCCAGAUUCCACAAGGAAAUGGAAUACAGCCUGUUGUGCGUUUACAUGUCAGACUGAGGGUGUAGGGUCCGUUGUCAAAGUUUUUGAUGCACAAGCGUGAGGAUGUGAGGACCUGAGUUCAGUCCUUAGCACCCACAUAAAAAAAAGCCAGCCAGGGUAGCAUGUACUUCUACCCCAGUGCUGUGGAGGCAGAGACAGGAAGAUUUCCAAGAGUCACUCGCAGGCCAGCCUAGCCUAAUUGCUGAUCCCUUGAUCCUAAUGAGAAACCUUGUUUCAAAGGACAAGGUCAAUGACUUCUGAAUAACAAUACCCAAGAUUAUUCUCUGGUCUCACCAUGUACACACCACAUCCACAAGCAUACCUGUACAUGUGUACACACACACACACACACACACACACACACACCUUAAUAAAAGGUAACUCCAUAAGAGAGCACUCCUUGUCAGGAUUAGACAGACAGACAGAUAGAUAGACAGACAGACAGACAGACAAGCAAUAUGCUUUGGAGGCACGAGCCACCUAUUGUCACGGGAACGAGGCAUGGCUAAUCUGUAUAGAAAAGAAAUAGUUUUAAUUUUCUUUUAAUUCUCAGGUGCUUUUGUUUUCAUCUUUUAUUGGAAGUUCAUGGAGAAAAUACUUCAUCAAGAAAAAGACAUUAAAAAGUAGUGAGCUUCGAUAGACAUGGCAGAGUUAAUGUGUGUCUAAGAUCAUUUGAAGGUUUUUAUUUUCCCCUCCUCAUGAGGUCUGACUAUGAUGUCCUCUCUUGUUCUGUAGAAUCUGCCUUCUGUUCUACAGACCCGCCAUCCCUGGAGUUGACUGCUCCGGAAUGUGGGCUGCUGUGUUUGCACGCUCCUUCUGUGUGUGCGCUCCCUUUAAGAUCUUCUGUCCCAUGCUAUCGCAUUGAGCUGGGAGGAGUCUCCACACAGCCCCUGUGCCUCUGGCAUCUCCACCUCACUCUCUUACUCCACCUCACAUUCACCAUCUGCACAUGGAAUGUUCUAACACCUUCCAGGGGUGUUUUGUGGGUGAGAUUCUUCGAUGAAACACUCGAGCUUUUUGGAUCCAAAGGGGCUGUUGUGACAAGCAUCAGCUCUUUCCUUCCCACCAACAGCAACAGUUUUCGCCUGUUGGGGGCAUCAGCCACAAAGAACCAAGUCCAGAGAGUUAGCCCUUCUUCACACCCUUCUUCACACUGUUUCUCCGUGUCUCCUCAGCGCUCCUCACUGAUGCCUGGGCUCUAACAGAUCUUGGUGCACAGCCAGCCUAACCUGUAAUCCUGUAGGGCAUUUUUUUUUUGCCUUCUUUCUUCUUUAAACUGUAACUUCCUGAGACUCUUAAAAAUACAAUUUCAAAGCAAAAAUAGAGUAUUGCAUGAUAAACAAUCUUCAGAGUAGAUCAAGGCCAGAAGUAUCUUACCAACGUCUUCUUGAGUAUGCUUCUUCCCUUAAAACUCAAUGUAUGCGAAUCAAGAAUAAAGGAAGGUGAAAUCCAAAGAUUCAUCUUUUUUUUUUUUGAGCUGUUGUGUCUACAUUAUUACUGUCACAGUUGAUGCCUUGACCUCAAAUACCUCAUCCUACUCCCAGUAGAUCCCCUCGUCCACCAAGAGCUUCACCCAUCCACUGUUGCUAACGUCUGCUAGCGCUCAAAAGUUGGGAUCUUGGAUGGGAAAGCAGCAUUGACUUGUUUUGCCACACUUCAGAGAUGCCAGUGGCCAGACCCACGAAAGAGCUUACAGGAGGAGCCUGGCUAUGCCAGAGCCGGGGCAGAAGGCACUAGCAGCCUCUCCCUGCUUUUGCUUAAAGUCCUGUGGGUGGUAGCUAUGCAGAUAAACCACCAUACAUACUCUGUAGCCGUAGACCUUUCGGUUUUAAUCACUGAAGUUGUUUGCUUUUGCUUUUGCUCUUGUCUUGCGGUUUGUAAGUAGAAGUGAUUUACCUCACCCAAUGCUGAAGGAAGAAUAAAAAUAAUACAAUAUUGUCUUCAACGUCAGGCAUCAUGCCACAAUAUAAUCUGGCACACGGUGGACCUCUGAGAUGGACGUCAGCCCUGUGAAGUUUCAUCUCAUGUGCUGUGGUUAUGGGAGUUUGUAUAACUGAAGUGCUUUGUAAGCUACAGAGACAAAGAACGUGUUGUAGGUGGUGCUGAGGUGACCCCAUAGGCUCUGGUUUGGUCCACCUGUUCCCCCAUGUGAUGGCAUAAUUUUGGGAAGCUGUGAAACCUUUAGGAACCAGAUCCUAGCUGAAGGAAAUAGGUCACUAGACACGGGCAUAUUACUAUUAUACGCAACUUCAGGGUCCUGCCAGACCCUCUGCUUCUUGUCCACCAUGGUGUGAACAAUUCUCCAUUACAUACACGUUCCACGAUCUUUCUCUCCAUAAGAUAUUUCUUGCUGUCUGUUGGGCACAGGAACUUGAAAAACAAAAGCGACUUAGGCAUAAUUUUAUUCCAGAGGCAGUCAUGAUCUAUCUGUAAAUUCACCCCAACAGUGGGAUGUUUUUGAUUAUCCUAGUAAUGCUUUCAUUCAGUCAGCAGGCAUUUACAGUGUGUCUAUAACAUACUACCGGCUAUCAGACAUUUUUCUUCUCUCUGGCCAGAAACCUGACAACUUAAAGGAGGAAGGACUUGUUUUGGCUCAGUUGGAGGGAACAUUCCAUCACUGUGGAGAAGGCUUGCCAACAGGAGUGGAUCAAGGCUGUAGUAACAGGGUCAUGAGAUGCUUGAUCACAUCUCUAGGGAUCAGGAAGCAAAGAGAGAAUCGUGACACUCACCUGCCUCUGUCAGUGGUUCCUUUUUGCAUAGUCUGAGACCCCAGCCCAUGAGAUGGUGCUUCCCACACUUAACAUGAGUCCUUCUGACACAGUAAAACCUCCCUGGGCAGGUCUACAAACACACUAAGCGCUCUCUCCUAAUGAGUCUAAGUCAGCCAAGAGGAUCAUUACUGGGUAAAGAAGAGGUUCUUACCCUCUAUGUGUUUGUCUUCUGUUGGACGGGACAAGAAGCAAUAGUAAUCAUAUAAACAACAUAACAUUAUUGCAAUACACAGUGAAAGGGAAGCUUAUGUCGUCAAUGAAAAUGGUAGCCAAGAAGACCUGGCUCAGGAAUCCACACUUUGAAGAAUCAAUGAGUGAGUGUCAGCACACACCCUCGCUUUGAUGGUAAGCCCAAGAGGAAGAGGCAGUCUUAUAGUAAGACCAGCCAGUGGGUUUCAGGCAUGUCAUGGUCUGUGGAGUCAAUUAAUAGCACUGGACACGGUCUGUCUUUUCAGUUUGUUUCUCUUCUAGGUGGUCCCCUGUCACACUAGGCCAGCGUGGGGUACCAGCUGAUCUGGACUCUUCUUAUUACUCAAGAAAAACAAGAAAGUAAGGACGUUUCUUUGGGCUCUAGGCCUGUUUCUCUGGCUGGCUGCCAUAGACCACCUGUCCAUUUAUCAUCCAGUUAGCUCAGCCAAGGCAACGAGGCACCUUGACAGACUAAGAUGGACCUGUGAGUCAAGUGACCUCCCCCCAAACCAGCAGCAUCCUCAGAGUUGGUAGGUUCUCAUCAAGGUAUCUAAGCUUCCCAUGGCUGUGACUUCUUCAUCUGUCAACAAUCAUGGUGAUGUGCCUUUCUAGGGACGAACUUGGGAAGAACUCCAGACAAGAGGAUAGUCUGAAGAAGACAAGAGCUCAGUGGGAUGAGGAAGGGAAGUUGUACUUCCUAUGUUUCCGUCAACUUGACACAAGUUGGAGUCAUCAGAGAAGAGGGAGUCUCCAUAAGAUAUAGGACUUUCUUAAUUAGUGAUCACUUGGGCAGGUCUUUCCCAAUCAGUAAAACCCACAAUCAGCCCAUUGUGGCUGGUGCUGUCCCUGAGCCGGUGGAACUGGGUUCUAUAAGAAAACAGACUGAGCAAGCCAGGAGGAGCAAGCCAGUAAGCAGCACUCCUCCAUGGCCUCUGCAUCAGCUCCUACCUCCAGGUUCCUGCCCUGUAUGAGCUCCUGCCCUCACUGAGAAUAUGUUCUGUGGAACUGUGAAAGAAGUAAACCGUUUCCUUCCUGAAUUUCUUUUUGAUUGCGGUAUUUCAUCACAGCAAUGGUAGCCCUAACUAAGACAAGUGAUUGCAGAGUAUGGGGUGGUAACCAGGGGCUGGGGCAGGCAGGCCUGGGUCCAUGAGUUCAGGGCAAGUUCAGCAUUGUGCUUGAUAGCCCUGCUUCACUGUGGGGGUAGUAUCCUUCUUGGGUGUGUGCAGAAUACAGCUUGCUGGUCCCUGCUGCCUUUCUCUGGAGGUAUAGAGCUCCCUCACUCCCCAGUUGAGCCCGGUUUUUCAGUUGAUGACCACUAUUUCUGUGCACAGUCUUUCUGUCUCUCUGGGUUUAUUUCACAGUCAAGCUCAUUGGCCUAGGGACUAUGGUGGUGCUGUUUUGGGUGACUUGUCAUGUUCCUGCUUCGAUUCACUUCGUGUUGAUUUAUCAUUUAACACACAAAGGACAGCCUCAUUUCCCAUAUAUUCAGGUUUUAGAGUGAUACCUCAGUGUUGGUCCAAACUAUUGUAAUCCCCAUGUACUUGGUAAUUCUGUGUUGGCAGAACAGGAAGUUUAAGGUGGUUUAUAGAAUAUGAACAAAAUGUCACAGUAGCUUGUGGUAUUUUAUUUUAUUAGCACCGAGGCAUCCAUGUUCCCAAAUCUCUUUGGAAAAUUACUAUUUAACUUUUAAAGCCAGAUUCAAGGUACUGGGUUUUCAUAGCGGCGAUCUUGAAGGAUAAUUUUGAGAUGAGCAAACGGUCCUCGAAAAGGUGGCUCCUUGUUCCACUCCUCGUGUUUAUGAAUUCUUUCUUUUCUUUCAAAAAUCGGUCCCUCCAGAUGCAGUGUUUAUUAGAAAAGGGGAACUUCCCUGUGUCCUUGGCUUCUUUCCUUUCACCUCUGAGUUCAGUUUGGAAACUGCCACAUUUAGCACUUUGCGGUUUAAUUUAAAAGGAUUACCUAUUUUCUUAAAUGCUUAAGCAGCGGAGCAAGUUGCAGCUAUUGAUUUCCCCUGCAUGUAUUCCGUGAAAGCUGUUUCUCCUCCUUCCCCAGGGAGCAUCCCUCCUGAACUGCAUGCUUGCCGGUGACAGCUCGGACCUCUGAUACAUAACCAAAGACCUUGCCUGAUAUCCUCUCGACUGCUCGGGGAAUUUUUAUUAAGUAAAAGCAUCAUUAGAGUAGACAGGAUGAUGAAGUUUAAUGAGCAUCCUUUGUGCCCGGGAUUGUUGGUUUUGCUCUGCCCAGAAUGUACUCUUCUCCCCUCCAGUGGGGCAGAGAGCGAGGCUGGAACGUGUGGAGGGCUAUCAAUUCCGCCUUCUAUUAACUGUUGUAUUUUGGCAGAACGUCGCAUAUUCCUCUGGGCUGCUUGUCUAGGUGCUGCACACACGUGUGCGUUUGUACAUUCUUUUCCCACUGUGUUGAGAACAGCAAACACUGGGAGAAAUGGUGGGGAAGAGGUGCAAGACCUAGAGUGCCGCUAGUGAGAUCAUGUGGGAGCAUCUCUCACAAAGAAAAAGAAAACCAUAGCGUUUUGAAUUAACGAGACUUCUCUUAGGAACUGGAGAAUGGUCAUAUAUAUAUAUUUUUCUUUUUCCUCCAGAACUCAGCAAUUUAUGUGCUAAGAUUCUGUCACCAGUCCCUCACAGCUGCUAGACGAGAUAAAUAAAAAUAUCACAAAUACUUAUUAAUAAUCCAGGCUUCACACCUUGUCCACAGAUUUAUGUGUAGAGAUGCUGAAUUUAGCAUUCUGCCAUCAGAUUACAGAUUAUAAGCAAAAUUACUUCUCAUUAUUUUUGCCGGCCAUCUACUCAGGUUUUAAAUUUUAUUCUUUUCUCAGUCCGUGUAAGUGUUUUCCAUGGAAACGCCCCAAACCACAGUAGAGAGGCAUAUGACACAAGCAAACGACUUUGCGGUAGCAUAUUGUGCCUCGCGUAUACCUGGCAUUCUGAAACACAAUAUUUACACCACACGCAAUGUGUUUCUAGUGUGCCUUGAGUAUACAGAACACAAAAGAAGUAAAGUUUGCAUUCCCCACUCUCAAAAAGAAAGCAUGGUCCUCUUGUUAAGAAGACAAGGCUGGAAAUGAUCUAGGGAAAGAUAACUUAGUCAGGUUGGAAUAAUUGUCUGGGUUGACCCAAGCCUGAAGUUGGAAAGUGUCAGUCUUCUCAUUCAGAUAAGAAGGGUGGCUGGGCCAGUGAAAAUAAUGAGUAUGUGGAAGCCACAGCACCAUGAGCAUGGUAUCACAAGCCAUUCUACUGAUGCCUUAAAAUAACGAGUCAGGGGCGGGAGUCACUGUGUCUGCCAGGACUUAAUGGUGAGAGCCUAGCAAACCCCAGCAUGCUUCCUGGAGGCAGAAUGAGGCUGAUGGAAGAACAGCAAACAGUGGGGAAGCCUCAAAGUAAGGUUGAGAACUGACUGACUUGUAGAUAGGACCCAGGCCAGCAUUCUGGGUAAUGAUAACACAGCUCAUCCAGAACGAAAGCAAGCACAGAUUCCUAACGGAAUGAGAGCUGGUAAAACACCACUGUCAGGCCUCAGAUUGCCUUAGUGACACUUUUCCCUUUAAUAUGUGCAUGUGUGUAUGUGUGGGUGUCCAUGUGUAUGGGCUAAUGUAUGGAGAUGCAAGGUUGACAUUGACUGUGUUCCUCUUUAUCGAUGGAGACAGGUUCUCUCAGUUGAGUUCAGAUCUCUGUACUUAAACUAAUCUAGUUAAGCUGCUUGCUCUGGGGAUCAGCCGCCUCCUCUUUUGAACCUCUGGAAUUAGUUAAACCACCUUUAUAUGGGUUCCCUCUGGAGAGCUGAACUUCUGUACUUAGGUUUAUCCAGAAAGCAAGCACUUUUUAAGCACAGCGCAUCUCCCUAACCCCAACUUUUCUCCAAAUACCUUAAUGAAAUUGACUGUCUUCUAGAUGCAUGGUUUCCAAGAUGUUAUUAGAACUCCUUGGAGGAGGCUCUUUGGAGUUUCUUACCUGCUUUGCUACAUUGGGCAGCUGAUUCUCCAGGUGGCUUGAAACCUUUGCCAUAGUCAUUGGAGCUCUGAAACUAGAUGAUCUUUCUGUAGAAGAUGAUACAGAGAAAUAAAAGCACAGACAUGGGACAGAAGAGGCCUCCAGAGAGGUAUUAAGGGGACUCCUGGACAGUGCUUUGUAGCCAAGAGAGAAAACCUCCUGGAAGGAGUUGUAUGGUCCAUAGAUAGUGGUCUUCAUGUGACAGCACUCGAAGAGAUGGUCACAGAAGAAGACUGUAGGAUUUAACAAUGCAAGAAUAUGUGUGGUGUUUUGUUUUGUUUUUAAGACCAGAAGCAUUGCUAUUCUGUAGAACUCAUACAUCAGUAAGGGAAAAUCACACAUCUCAAAAUGCUUACUAAAAAUACCAAUAGCAAAAUAAUCUCAUUUAUUAGGCUGGAACUUUUUGCUAUUCAAUCUUACCUACUAAAAGGUGGACUGUGUGUGGUUGGUGUACAACUGCUUCAAUAACACGUUUCAAUGAAACUGCGCUUAAAGGUAGGGACCUGGUGACAAGAGAAGUCUUCAGAACCUUUUCCUAAUGGUAGCCCUGGAGAUGGUCCUCACAGAGCAACUUCUGCUGUUAGCUCUGGGAAUAGCUUACUUCUUCUGGUUUUGGUCUUCCCAGAUGAGGGUGAAGGGCCCUUGUGUUUCUGAGCUAGGUGGUUCUUAGAGCAUCCACAGGCUGAUUGUGCCUUUGAAAUUGACUUGGGCCUGCCUUAGCCAGGCUUCGGAGAGAAAUGGCUUUUUUUUUCUGUCACUUUAGAGCGUUCUUUGUUUUUUUGGGGGGGGGGUGUUGUUUUUUUGUUCUGUUAGUUAGUUAGUUUGUUUGUUUGUUUGUUUGUUUGUUUUUUCCAAGCUCAUUAACCAUCUCCUACUUAUCUUUUACAAACUUCAGAUUUCAGAAGUGAGAUUUUUCUAGGAUUCUUUGCAAAAGGCACACCACCGCCCCCGCCUCCAGCUUGCUUGAGCACUUUGCCCACAGUAGCUGUAUCAUCAUAGGUAAUCUUGACUUAGUCUCUGUCACCACUGUCGAAUUGGCAUAGCCAGGUGGCAGUUCCUGUUGGAGUCUUUUCCAGAAUGGGAACCCAAGGGCACAUGGACACAGCAUAGAUUCCACAUCACACUUCUGGUGUAGCAGUUGGGGUGGGGGAGGAGAGGUAGAGACAGAAAGGGACAGAGAAACGGAACAAGUCAAAGGGACAGAGAGAAAGUGGGCUGGCUAGGGCUGGCUAGGUAGCCCGAGUCCCGAGUCUUGUGAGAUAUUAAAGGUGGCAGCAGCCAUUACAGUAUCUAUCAUGUGCCAACACAGAAAGGAUCAUCCCUGUAUGUCUAACGCCAUCUUUUUUUGGAGCCCUCCAAGGUUAAAGAGCAAUUUUGUUUUCAUCCUGUGGAGAGAACUGUAUCAGACUGAGGUGACUCAGUGACAGUCCCAAGGCCGUGCAGCACUUGAAUCAGAGUGGUGCACAGAACAAAGAGAGGAGCACACAGCUGGUACUCGUCCCCAGGAACCCUCGAUCCUGGACGCUGUAGGAUACUGCACAGAAGGAAUGUGCCAUCUUGAAAGUGACAAAGGGUACCCAGGGCUGAGGGACAGCUGGGUCUGCUCAGGUACAGAAGUAGAAAUGAACAAGACAAGAAGGGAAGGUUGGAUUUUCCUUUAGGGCCUAAAGGAAGGAUUAGGGUGUUCUCACCAAUUGUUGCAGACCAGUUAUCUGUCUGUCACACUUAGCAAAUAGAGGUCACCCUGGAUAAUAAAUGGUACAGCCAGGAAUGGUACCCAAGAACUUGGACCCUGAGAUACAUGUCAUUACUGCCCUACCUCGACUCUCAGUGGGGAGAGCUGCUCAGGUUAAGCUGGCUCUCAUCUGCCCACAUAGCUGGAGGAAUUAAAGGAUCACACAGGGGACAGAGGCGUCAUCCAGCCCUUCAGUGACUCACUGAGGAAGUGGGGCAAAUGCAUUUAGCUCAGCCAUGCUUGCCUUCUUCAAAGAGAAUCAAAAACCUUUCUUCUGGAGUGGUUCGAGCAUUGUCGUUGAUAGAGAAUAGCGUGUUAUUUGUCAGUGAAAACCCCCUAAUGAAAAUAAGGUAAUCAUGCGAUCAUCUUUAUUAAAAACUCUGAGUAGAACUCCACCGCAUAAGCCCUAGUUUUCAAAAGCGUUCUCUGCCUCCUUCCAAAAUACUUGCUGCCGCGCCCAGCCUCCUGCUACCCUGUAAGGAAAGUCACUCGCUUACGGGCGAAGAAACUGAGGCAUGCGAAGGGUGGGUGGGAGAAGGAUUGGGGGGUGAAAGCUACCGAUCAUUUGCUCAGAGUCUGCACUGAUCAAGGGUCAAAACUCAGAUCGAAACAUCUGCAGUGACUGCUCAGCCCUUUGUAGUGACUUGCAAUGAAGCCCACAGGAAGUCCAGGCACACACAGCGUGGACUGAGUACCAAAGGCCGCAAUUAAAACACCAGGUCAUUCCUGUUCUUUCCCUAAAGGAACGAGAGCUUUGCUUCUCUUUCAGAACUGACUUUUCCGGAUCCCACUCCCCUAGGGAACGUCCUGCUUGCCCAUGUGGCUCACCUCAUUCAGGCCACGCCAGUCAAGUCCUGGCUCGACUUGAGCUCUCUUUAACCCUCCAUGGCCUCUCGUUGUUGACACGCCUUUCCUGAUACUGUACUAGUUCUGCAAUUCCAUGUGAUAUAUAUUAGUUAGCCUCUCUCAUUGCUAUGACAGAAUACCUGACAGACACAAUUUAAAGAAGGAAGGAUUCAUUAUGUCUCUUGAUUUCAGGAAAUGUCAGUCCAUCGUGAUGCGAAAGGCAUAGCGUCGAAAGCUUGUGCCAUGGUUGGCUCACAUUUUGAUGAUAAGGAAGCAGAGUGGGACCAGAUGCUAACCCAGGCCAUAAUUCUAAAGAUCUCCUCUCAAUGGCUUACGUCUUCCAGCUGGGCCCCAUGCCUCAAUGGUUCCGUAGACAUCCCUCCUCCCCACCCCCCAAAACCCAGUGCCACUGUCUAAAGAUCAAGUGUUCAAACACAGCCUUUGAGGAAAUUUUGCAUUUAAAACCAGAACACUUAUGAAUGAACUGUCUUGUUUCCGCUGGUUUGGAUAAUCAGUCGAAUCUGGUGUUGUCUUGCAUUCAAGCGAGUAUAUUCCUUUUUCCUGUGUGGGGAUAAGAGGUUGUAAGACAAAGGAAAAGCAUAAGAAAGCUGUGUACCCACCCAUCCUGAGAUCAGGGGUGCCCUGUGAACACGCAGAACAAAGUCAGAUGUUGGCUGUGUGCCAGAUGAGAGGACCUCAGAGAAAAGGGGCCUCUGGGGAAGCCUGGAGCCCCUGAGCAUGAAAUGUGUGGCCUCCGGUAAAACAGCCACUGGAGAAGAGAUUUCAAAGGCCAUUUGGUAGAACAGCGUGUUUCCGAAUGUGCAGAUUAAAGUGAGGAGAAGGGUAGACAGCUCUGCUUUGGUUCAAGGUCCUUCAUGUUUGUCUCUGGGAGAGAUGCUGGCAAGGCAAUACAUAGGCAGCGAUAUUGACAACAUGGGAAUUGGGUGACAGAACUAAGAUUGGAUGUGUUUCGUGCUCCAUGAAAUCAUUAGUUCCUACUGGGUUACAGGACCCCAGGUGUCCAGGCUAGCCUAACCAUUAUGUCAGCACAAACUUCUGGAGCUUCUAAUUGUAAGAGCCCAAGCCUAUCCCUCUGUAAGUUCCCUUGUAACCUGUACACAAGCAAAUGACUCCAUUUUACCUGGAGAUUCGUCCCUGCACCUGGCUCUGGGCGCCAUCUCCUAUCUCCUAUGAGCGCCUAUGAAUUCUCUGUUCUGUAAGGGCAGACCUCUCCCUCGCCACUGUUGGAACAACCAGUUUCUAAACUGACACUUGGGAGGCAACAAAAGAGAGAGCAUCAUGUUACCUACUGAAACACUCGUGCCUGGCUUGCUGCCUACCCAGAGGACAGCUCCGUUUGCCAGGCCCUCCCCUCAGCCCGUCAGCCAUAGUCUUGAUGCCAAUCAAGCGCAUCCUUGUGCUCUACACAUAGUGCAUAGACAUACAGUGUUAGCAUUAAAAACCAGGAGGAAUGGGUGUCGUUCCGAGGUAUGGCACUUGCCUCGAGUCUGGUGGCCCUUGACUCCUUCCUUAGCAGCAUACAGUACAUAAAAUAGUUCGUAAAUAUACACAGAGACAAACUGUAAAUGAAUGGAUGACUCCUUGAGUGGGUAUUAGAACCAGUGGCUCCUUACACAGAGAAGCAGGUCUCUUGGCUGACUCUUGGUUCCAUUAGUCAAUAGCAGAAGCAAUGACUGGAAUGAGGCCAGUCCUUUCCUCCAAAGAUACUGAGGGCUGAGAUGUGCAUGGGACUCUGGAAAACACAGUUGUGUCAAUAAAGGGAGUUAAGGCUGAGCUCUAUUUAUUUUAGGGUGGCUUUAAUUCUGUUUAAUCAGAAUCACUCAUAAAUUAUGGAUUAAUUACUAUCCACCGCUCAGUUAAAUCCUUUGCACGAUGGAUACCAUCCACUGUAAUUGUGGGGCACUUUGUCAACAUUUAAUCAGUGGUACUUAUUAAUGUGGCAUUGAUGUGUGGUGGCCAUCCCUGCACCAUCAAUCACACAUGAGCAGCCAGCACGAUCUCCAACACCACCGCUCUGUGUCACAUUAACUAGCCCCUGGGCUCUCGGGCUGAGCAUUGGCGCUCACUUCUAAUGAAAUGGAUAGUGUCUCUCCGUCCGGGGAUCUUUUGUCCUUGUAGACUUAAAACACUACGGUUUUUAGAAUGCAACUCCGAAAGGGCUUGGUGUACAUAACCUGUUCUCAGCAGUCCCGAAGAUCCUGUCUUCCCUCACCCUGCCCAGGAAGGGUAAAAUACCAAGACCCUUGUCCACAAUAGAACACUGCCAUACAGGCUGUAUACACAUAAGUACACGUCUGUGCUUGCAUGUGUAAAACUGUCAAGUCUUGGAGUGGAUGGGGCAGAAUCAAUAGAACUCUUUUGGGCUUGUCAAACGUUUCUGAAUAUUUAGAGUUCGUCCUUAGGAAACUUAGACUAGUAAACAGAGCUCAUGACUAUCCCCCAUCUCUCUCUCUCUCUCUCUCUCUCUUUUUAGCCUCUACGGCAGACACAUGCAAGCCAACCCAGAACCCCCAAA